GUCUCUCUCCCUAGUUUCCUUCCCGCCACAGUGCCUGUGUGAGAAAGACGCAAGAAGAAUCUGUUCACUUUGGAAACCCGAUAGGAGGCAGCAGCUGACCUCCCCAUCACCAGCCUAAAAAUAAGCCGCUCUGGGUCUUGCUUGUGUCUGCUUCCUCCAGAGGAGCAGAUCUCCUCCACCUCCGUGAUCCUGGUCCCACCUGGAGAAGUGUGCCUUGGCAUUCUGUGCGAAGUGUGUGCGUGUGUGUUUGUUUGGGAAGGUAAGUAAUUCUACAACCGGGUCUGAUCCGCUCCUAAACUUUUCCCUGCUUUUCCUUGGAAGAAAGUCCUCUUUCCCCUCCCCAGCUCCAAACUCCUUCUCUACUACUCUAGGGUUUGACACUGGGAGCUGUUUUAACUUUUUAUUUACCGGUUCCUACCUAGAGAUCACUUUUGCUCUCUUGUAUCGUUUAGACUGGCUGGGUGGGAGAUUUCUUUUUCUGAAACUGGUUACAACGCACAAAACAAUACAACGUAGAAUCACGGAAUAAUGAAACCAGGGACUGUACAAGUGCAUGCAUUAAGCUUUUUGUAAAAACGAAGGGGGGGGGAGUAUUUGUAUAGUUGGCAAUAUAUAGUUGCACAUGUUACUUUAUAGUGUCGUUUUAACGCCUUUAUACACAACUAUGACAAUAAGUCUGUGCUUUUUCUUAACACACUUACCUCACAAUCCAGCUAAAGAUGUUCAGCGUAUUUGCAGCAUAUUCCGAAGUAUUUUCACCUCGAAAUAAGAUCCACUUUACGUCCUAUCGAGUUUAAUGGGGUUUACUUUGCCUGUGAGUGGGUAUACGAUUGCUUUCUCUUCAGUGUGUGUGUGUGUAGGAUUGCAGCCUUGGAUUUUUUGUUGAUGUCAAUCAGAAUGAAUUCAGCACAUGUUUAACUUCUCUCACCAAAAUCAGCUAGAGAGAAGAGGGCUUAAUUUUGGCAGGUUCGUGUCCGGGGUGAUUUAGGUCCAUUGCACAUAAUCCAAACUCUGGAGAAAGAGGGGAAAAACAAUUUCAACUCAAUCUGACUCACAGUAAAACCACUGAAAGUAAUGAACCUCAGUUAUUCAUAUCCAGUAACUUCAAUGGGUUUACUUUGAGUAAGACUAGCAUUGCAUCCUACCCGGUGUUAUAGGUUCCAUACAAUUUUGGACAUGCACAUUAAAUAUAAAUGGUUAAUACUGUUCAGGGUUGAGAGGGAAGCAGUUAAGAAUAGUUUGUGUUAUUAGUAUCUGAGAUAUUAUCAAAAUCUAAAUCCUUGUAAGAUUUUUUUUUUUUUUAAAGUAGCCACCAGCAGUUAACACAUACAUAAUUCUUUAUCUAGGAAAUGCAAAUUGGUAACGGUGAGAUGUUAUUUAAUCAUAACUCCCCAUAAGUCAGCAUGGGUUGUAUGGGAUAUGUUGAAGAUAUUUUCUUAAUACUCUCUGGCUUUCUUCAACACGGCCCAAGCAACUCAUGAUGAUUUGUUGGGAGUUCUGAUUAAAUAACAUCUCACCGUUAGCAAUUUGCGUUUCCCAGAUAAAGAAUUCUGGCCACAGAGUCUGUGGUGGAUGUGAGUUGGAGCUAGAGAUCCGGGUGAAAUUUGAUUCAGUUUGCGUUUAAAAGUGAACCUAUCUAUAUCUGCAUUUUCUGGAACAAUAUUUGAACUCUGGAACACAGCCAUAUUUCAAAAUUCGCACUUCCCCAAAUUUUGCAAUGCAUUUCUCUGGUCAAGAAGCAUGAAUACAAGGAUGAGGGGUGCGUAACAAUGCAGGCAUUUGUGGAAAAAGCAUUCAAAAAUGUCUUCUUCUACAAAAAGAAUACAAAAAUGUAUUCUUUAUACAAAAAAUGCGUUUAUCAGGAACAAUUCUCACUAAAAUGCUGGUGAAUUUUCAUGAUGACUCUUUAAAACAAACAGACAAGCAAGCAAACAAACAAACAAACAAUAGCAAAUGGAUGUGGAGAACUGAAUUUAAGAUUGGAAAAGUGAGAAACUGAGAGAAACCGAAAUUGCCAUAGGCUCCCAUCUCUGUUCAUAUGAUAGACAACACUGCACAUAUAUUAUUAAUCCAGGUUUCCUAAAGUCACCAGCACAUAAGCAGAUACAUUCAAGAAUGCAUAUAAUGGUUAAAAAAAAUAUGUAUUAACAUUAUGCUGUAGAAAUAUAGUACAGCACAGGGCUCAACUCUUUUAUACAGUGGUACCUCGCAAGACGAAUGCCUCGCAAGACGAAAAACGCGCAAGACGAAAGAGUUUUCCGUUUUUUUGAGUCGUUCCGCAAGACGAAUUUCCCUAUGGGCUUGCUUUGCAAGAUGAAAUGUCUUGCGAGUUCUUGCGAGUUUGUUUCCUUUUUCUUAAAGCCGCUAAGCCGUUAAUAGCUGCUAAGCCGUUAAUAGCCGCUAAGCCGUUAAUAGCCGCUAAGCCGCUAACAGCCGUGCUUCGCAAGACGAAAAAACCGCAAGACGAAGAGACUCGCGGAACGGAUUAAUUUCGUCUCGCGAGGCACCACUGUAUAUGCGUUAUGUACACAAUAUACGCCUUUAUUUUGUGCACGUUAGCAUAUAAUUUACAGCUCAGGAUUUGCUACCUACCAAUCCAUCUUUGCUGGCGGCAGGGAGCAUAUUGGGUUUGGUAUCAGAGCUAAAUAAUUCUGUGAACCACCCUGAGACCUCGGAGUAUAGGGUGGUAUAUUAACAACAACAACAACAAAAACAACCUCUUUUUCUCAGUCUAUCCUACCUUACAGCCUUGUUAUGAAGAUACCUGGACUGUGUUUGCCAGUCUGAGCCCCUUGGAGCAUUGUGGUCUUGUGAGGGGAAUAAGGGUGCCCGAACUCCUCUCAGCAUCCUUAGCAAACUACAGCUCCCAGGAUUCUUUGGGGGAAGCCAUGGCCAUUAAAGUGACAUAAUGGUGCUUUAAAUGUUUGGUGCAGAUAUGGCUCAAGUUUUGGCUCUUUGCCCUGUAGGCCUCGUGCUGUUCUUCGCAGAGGCUCCUCUAGUCCUGUAAUUCUUCAAAGAUCUGAUCUGUUUGCUAAGGACAGGUUUGUGUUUGAGCUAACAAGCAAAUAAAUAAACAGCCCAAAAAGUUUUCCCUGAUGUUAUCACAAACAUUUGGUUUGUUUCCCUCUCGUCAGCGCAACUGAGUGGAAGCAAUGAAAGUCGCAUUUUGUGGCAACGACAACCCUUCUGCCUAUAACAUCAGCGCCGGCUUCUUAAAGAACGUCUGCUUUCUGGAUGCCCUCAAUUUGGUACCUCAUGUUUUCCUCUUAUUUAUCACCUUUCCUAUACUGUUCAUUGGUAAGUAAUACGACUGAGAGCUUAUGACCUGCUAAGUUAUGUGCAUUGUUGCUUGGAACAUUCCUGUCUGAAAUGUUUUUGUGUUGCUAUAUACCAGGCUUCCUCAAACUUGGCCCUCCAGAUGUUUUUGGCCUACAACUCCCAUGAUCCCUAGCUAGCAGGACCAGUGGUCAGGGAUGAUGGGAACUGUAGUCUCAAAACAUCUGGAGGGCCGAGGUUGAGGAAGCCUGCUCUAUACCUAUACAGUGGUACCUCGGGUUAAGUACUUAAUUCGCUCUGGAGGUCCGUUCUUAACCUGAAACUGUUCUUAACCUGAAGCACCACUUUAGCUAAUGGUGCCUCCUGCUGCCUCUGUGCCGCCACUGCACGAUUUCUGUUCUCAUCCUGAAGCAAAGUUCUUAACCCAAGGUAAUAUUUCUGGGUUAGCAGAGUCUGUAACCUGAAGCAUAUGUAACCUGAAGCGUAUGUAACCUGAGGUACCACUGCAUAUGUACAUGGGGUGGGUACUGAAAAACAGUCUUGAUGACUCUUGGGGCACCUUUGAACUCUACCAUUCUAUGGUUGUAUGAGUCUGCGAAAUUCAAGAAAAGACAGAGAAGCUUCUGUAAAGAGUUAUAGUAGAAUUACUGUUAAAAAACCCUGCCUCCCAAGACCACUAUGCCAGUGCGAGGUAAUCAAUAAAACUAAGCCAAUCUGUCUGAAGUUCCUUCAUGAUGCUUUUAUUGUCAUUUGCUUCCAAAAGGGUCCAAGGGUUUUAGGAGUCCCCAGGAAUAUCUUUUGACGCUUAUGUUUGUAUGUUUCAGGAUGGGGAAGUCAAAGCUCAAAAGUUCAGAUCCAUCACAACACUUGGCUUCACUUCCCCGGACACAACCUGCGAUGGAUCCUGACGUUCACCCUCCUCUUUGUGCACGUGUGUGAAAUAGGAGAGGGCAUUGUUUCAGAUGCGUAAGUGCUUGGCUGCACAUAGUUCAACUUUGGAACUCGCUCCCACAGUGAUGGCCACCAGCCUUGAUGGCUUUCAAAGAGGUUUAGGCAGAUUCAUGGAGGAGAGAGCUAUUGAUGGCUACGAGGUUUCAUGACUAUGUUCCACCUCCACAGUUGUGUUGGAUGCCACAGGAAGGGGAAGGGCUAUUGUUCUUGACUCCUGGUCGCAGGCAGCGGCAGAGCAAGCCGAUUGGGCACAUGGGCCAGUGCACCCAGGGGCAGGGCCAGCUGGGGCAGGACGCUCCGUGGGGCCUCUGAGAAGUCUGCCUGCCUCCUCCCACUCAGCCGCCCUACAGCUGAUGGGGAGGUGACGGGCGGACCAUUUGGGGCAGCGUGGAGCCCGUGGGCGCCCAAGCCACCAUGUCACUCCCAGGAGAGACGUGUGGCUCCAUGGUGAGUGCUGCCUGGCAUUUUUGUCACCCCCUCAGUGGUGACACCCGGGUUCACCCGUGCCCACCGCACCCCCCUUCCUCCGCCCCUGCUUGUGGGUUUGCCACUGGCAUCAAGUUGGCCACUGUCAGAACAGGAUACUGCUCUAUGGUGGGCCACUGACCCGAUCUCUUACGUUCUUAUGGAGUGGGAGAAAAAAAUCCCUUGCUACUUGUGUAACACCAAGCUCAUAGCAUUUCCCAAAGGAUAGCAAACCUCUUUCUUCUUUGCUUCCUAAAGGGAAAAGGCAUUGCCGUUCUAUUUAACUUUCCCCAGCUGCAACAGACACUGGGACAAAAAUGCCAACAGCAGGUGGAACAUUUCACUUUCCUUGCUGUUGUUCGUCUCCCUCUUGAAACAGCAGGAAGAGUCUAGGCCAGCAUCCAUCCCGCUUUUGUUUGCAGGGAGAUGAGACAACGUCAACUAUUUGUUCACACUGGUCUGUUUUCUGGGCAACGCUGCGUCAAAGCAAGUGCUGUCUCAUGUUUUCCGAUGCGUUUCCCACCACUUUCCUUAUUGCAAAAAGUCUGAUCUUCUGGGAAAGGCUCCAUAUCAGCAUUUAUUGCUCAACUUGAAGUUGCUGGUACAGUGUGUGAUUGAAUCCCACUCCGAAACAGGGAGGGUCUGGAGGUCCCCCACAAUUGUCCUCGGACUGCCUAGUAGACUACAGCCAAGAAAUGGAACACUUAGAGCUUCAUCCUACCAGUGGCUGCUAGCCAUGGCUGCUAGCUCUGCCUGCACCAGGGGUUGGCAAAGUUUUUGUGGCUUGGGCUGGUUCACGGUCUUAAGAUGCCGGGGUGUGUGUGUGUGUGUGUGUGCAUGCAUGCACAAAUGCUAUUUCCGGCGCUCCUUCUGGCGUGGGAGCUUCCUGCAGUCAAUGGGAAGCCAGCCAGCGUCGUGGAAGGCGGUCCCCACUCUGCUCCAUGUUGGUUUAGCGUGGUGCACAGGAGCCAACCGAGCGGGUGGCGGGGAUCCCUGAGUGGGCAGUGGGGGUCCAUGGGCUGGUUAAACGACCCCCAUGGGCUGCUUGUGGCCCAUGGGCCUUAGGUUGCUGACCCCUGGCCUAUACAGUCAAAGGCAUUAAGUGUUUCUGAAUUCUAGUUGUUGGAGACCACAUCAUAGGGGGAAUGCUCUUGAGCUCACAUCCUGCUUCCAGGUUUCCUACAGACAUCUGGCUGGCCACAGGAUGCUGGUCUAGGUGGGCCAUUGGGCUAAAGCUCAUAUUAUCCUAAUAUCCUCGCUUUCUACCAUCUUCCCGUGUGCUUUUUAGCAAUAUCCUACUCCAAGCUUCCCCAACCUUGUGGCUUCCAAAAGUUGUUGAACCACAACUCUUAUGUCCCCUGACCAUUGGCCACGCUGCCUGAGUCUGUUGGGAUUUGUUUUAUUUAUGCCAUUAAAUUUAUAUAACCAUGUGAUCGUAACAAAACAAAACAAAACCCACCUCAAAGCACUUUACAAAACAACAUCUAGAGCCGGUCCUGUGGUGUAGGCUUGGUGCCCAAGGCUGGCUAGUGAAUCUUUUGAAGAGGUGAGAUCUGAACAGGGGCUUCUGAGCUUUAUAGCUUAUCUGCUUGAACUCGAUACUUGGCAAUCCAGUCACAUUUUUGACAUCACCCUUGUUCCCUUGCAGACAGUUGAAGUCCCGCCACCUACAUCUCUUCCUCCCUGCUAUAAUGGGAUUUGUAGCAGCAACAACAUCUAUCGUUUAUUACCACAAUAUUGAGACCUCAAAUUUUCCAAAACUACUUCUGGGUAAGCGGUUGGUUUUUUGUUUUUGUUUUAAAAAGCACACACUCUCUUUUCAGUGGGCUUUUUGAGCAAACUGGUGCAACCUAAGCCAUGCUGGAUUCCCUGCUGAUAAAUAAAUAUUUGUGCUGUGAGGAAUAAAAUGAGACACACGUGUGUUUUCCCUCCGUGGGAAUGCAUGGCAGAGACACAACAGCUAGAGAGGCUGUGUACAUCCCACAGAGCAGAAGACACCAGUGCAUUGAGAAAAGGGCUUGUAGAUUUAGGAUAGCAAUCUUUAGAUGCCUAUUAUAUGUCAGCCUUGUUCAGCUGUCUCUAGUGGAUUGUAUCCGACUCAGAGUAGACCCAUCAAAAUUAAUGCACUUAAGUUAGCCACGUCCAUUAAGAUUGCUGGGCCUACUUUGAGUAUGGCUAAAAUGGAAAGCUGGUGGUCAACAAAAGAGGUUUAAAGACUCUCUCAAGGCAAAUCUAAAAAAAAUGUAGUAUAAACACUGACAACUGGGAAACACUGGCCUGCGAGCUCUCCAGUUGGAGAACAGCUUUUACCAAAGGUGUCAUGGGCUUUGAAGACACUUGAACUCAGGACACAAGGGAGAAAUGUGCUAAGAGGAAGGCAUGCUUGGCAAAUCCAUACCGUGAUCAACUGCUGCCCAGAAACCAAUGUCCCCACUGUGGAAGGACGUGUGGAUCCAGAAAUGGCCUCCACAGUCACUUACGGACUCAUUGUUAAAACCAUGUUUAUGGAAGACAAUUGCCAAAGAAGAAGAAAAGCAUUGUAAACAACACACUGUUUCCAUAACCUCUGUUUUUAAACUGGUUAUAUCCUCAGCAGACUCUGGACAGAUUGAUUGAUAGAUUAGAGAUUACUGAUACCUAUGUAUAACUAAGUGUUAUUUCUUCCUUUGUGUCGCAGCUCUGUUUCUGUACUGGGUCAUGGCCUUUGUCACCAAAACUAUCAAGCUGGUCAGAUAUUGCCAAGAUGGGUUCAGCUUUCAGCAGCUGCGUUUCUGCAUCACCGGACUGAUGGUUGUGCUCUAUGGGUUAUUGAUGGCAGUGGAGAUCAACGUCAUCCGUGUCAGGGUGUGUUCCACUUGGCAUAGAUUCCAGACUUGAUAUAAUUUUGCUGUGUUAGCUACCAGCCACUGGCCAGUAGAGUGGAAGAGUUUAGCCCUUGCUGAAGUCAAUCACUCCCAUCAUCUUCCAGCUCUUGGAGUGUUUACAGUGGUACCUCGGGUUAAGUACUUAAUUCGUUCCGGAGGUCCGUUCUUAACCUGAAACUGUUAACCUGAAGCACCACUUUAGCUAAUGGGGCCUCCCACUGCCGCCGCGCCGCCGGAGCACAAUUUCUGUUCUCAUCCUGAAGCAAAGUUCUUAACCUGAAGCACUAUUUCUGGGUUAGCGGAGUGUGUAACCUGAAGCGUAUGUAACCUGAAGUGCAUGUAACCCGAGGUACCACUAUAUUUUGAAAUGAUGGCUUACAGAUUUAGGACCCUGUGAAAAACACACACACAAAAAGGUGCAUCACGCAGAGGCUUUGAAUUAGUGUGUAUAUCAACCUCCCCACUUCCCAUGCACUAUGGCAAUGUUUCCAAACUUGAGUUUCCAGCUGAUUGCUAGCUAGGCAUGAUGGGACUUGUAGUCCAAAACCAGCUGGAGACCCAAUUUUGGGAAACCCUGCCCUAUAGGAACUUCUUCUUGUAUAGCCCCUCUGCAGGUCUCUGCUGUGGAAAUGUUCAGAGUGGCAGGAGAGGAUAUAUUGUUAAUUGAUAUCCUUCCUAAUUUACGCUAGCAAGUUCAUUUACUUAGCAGAGUUACAUUCCCCUUUUUACAUGCACAGCAGAUAGCUGGUUGCAAGAUCAUGUGAGCUUCUCACUAUUAUACAAUUCAGUCUGUCUCAGAUUGAAUUGUACGUUCCUGGUCAGUUCCCUUAAAUCCCUCUUAAAAGAAUAAAGAUGCCACAAUCUUAUUCAAAGUCAAUAAAAGAAGUUUACUCACAUCAGUUCACAGUUGGAUUCCUGAAGGCAGAUAUAGUUACAAAUAUGUACAUGUGGAUCUACCCCAUAUGGGGGAAUAAUCCCUGUGCUUCUCGGGUGGUACCUCGGGUUAAGUACUUAAUUCGUUCUGGAGGUCCGUUCUUAACCUGAAACUGUUCUUAACCUGAAGCACCACUUUACCUAAUGGGGCCUCCCGCUGCUGCUGCAUGAUUUCUGUUUUCAUCCUGAAGCAAAGUUCUUAACCUGAGGUACUAUUUCUGGGUUAGUGGAGUCUGUAACCUGAAGCGUAUGUAACCUGAAGCGUAUGUAACCCGAGGUACCACUGUAUAUAAAUAAAAUAAAUAAAUAAAAGAAAUGGGGAGGGGAACAUUUAAAAAAUCACCUGCCACUCAACUUGUUCUUUGUUGUUUUUAUCUCCAGAAAUAUGUGUUUUUCACAGACCCUCAGAAAGUGAAACCUCCUGAAGAUCUACAGGAUCUGGGUGUGAGGUUCCUGCAGCCUUUCGUCAACUUGCUCUCCAAAGCAACCUACUGGUGGAUGAACACGCUUAUCAUAUCAGCUCACAGGAAGCCUAUUGACCUGAAGGCGAUUGGGAAACUGCCGAUCGCCAUGCGAGCCCUUACAAACUACGUCCGCUUGAAAGAUGCGUAUGAGGAGCAAAAGGUAACUUCCUGAGCGGGAACAGAACCUGAUUGUGACAGCCACUUGCUCUGCUUUUGAUUCCUAUAAUGCCUCCAAUAGUUGAGGUCGAACACAGCCAUUGUGGCUGUUAGCCAACUGAGGCAAUCUUACCUUCCAGUAAUUUGUCUGACCCACUUUUAAAGCCACCCAAGUUCAUUCAUCUUCCUAUUUUUAUUUUUAUUUUCAAUGCAACAUUACAACAAAAAUUACAAACAUUGAAUCCAAAAUAAAGCAGUACAAACAAGCAAAAACACAAAACACAAAACACUAGAAAAAACAAACAAAAACCAAAAACACAUCUACAAAUAAAUCCAUAUCAUCAUUCUGAUCGUAACGUUAUGUAUACACAUCUUGACUUCCUUCCUUUGUUCUAAGACCUCGAAAUUUUUACUCUUUCUAAAUUGUUGUGUCUAAUGUAGACACUAUCUUUAUACGUUUUGCACCAUUUUUCUCUUUCUUUAACCCUGCAAAGCUUCAUCCGUUACAUACCGAUAUACUUACUCCAGAACAAUGUUUUUUCAUAUACUCUUUAGCACAUCCCCAUUCUUUUAAUAAUUUUAGGUCCGAUUGUCCCCUUAUGAAUGCUGUGAGUCUUGCCAGAUGUAUAUAUUCACAAAAUUUAAUUUGCCAUUCUUUCAUUGAUGGAUUUUUUUCUCCCUUUCCAAUUUUUUGCUAUGAGCAUCCUGGCAGCUGUUGUCGCAUAGAGGAAUACUUUCCUUUGAAUGUCAGGAAUAUCAUUUGUGAUUAUACCUAAAAGGAAUGCCUCCGGGUUUUUACUAAAAGAUAUUUUAAACAUCUUUUUGAUUUCUUCAUAUAUUUCAUUCCAAAACUGUUUAAUAGGUUGGCAUUCCCACCACAUGUGAAACAUUGUUCCUAUUUCUUUCUUGCACCUCCAACAGGUAUUUGAUUUUAGUUUUCAAAUUUUAGCCAAUUUUACCAGAGUUAAGUACCAUUGGUACACCAUUUUCAUCAAAUUUUCUCUGAUUGUGUAACAUGCGGUAAAUUUAAUAUCACAUUUCCAUAAUUUCUCCCAUUGAUCCAGCCGAAUUCAUCUUCAUCGGAUCCUUCACCAGAGAUUUUUGAGGUCACCAGAGGUCAGAUGGCCAUUGUAUACCCCUCAACUGUCCUGAUAAAAUUGGGACAUCCUGUUUUGGGGUCUCACGGUGCCCCAAAAUGCCUAAACUUGGGGGUAGAUUGCAUGCUUUUCAUAUCCAAUCCUUGCCACACCUGCUUUGAAAAAGGAACUACAGGCAAAUUUAGGAAAGUUCUGAAAAUUAUUCUACAUCUGGGGGCCUGAGGCAGCUGCUAACUUUUGCCAUUGUUUACACUGGUACCAUAGACUUAAAUUUCAGCGAUCUUGCUAGCUGCUACUCAUGCAUAGCCGGUUUAUAAGGUUUCUGAGGAGAUAAGGAUUAAGCCAAACUGUUCCUGUAUAAAAUGGGACAGAGGCUGGCCUUGAGUGCAUUCCAUCCCUUUGGAGAAUGUAGGAGUCUGUUCUCCCCCAAAGCCUUCAGUGAAAGAUGCUGAACAUGAGGCUGUUAAAUUAUCUCAGACACAAUUCUGUCGUGAGAAUAACUCUUGUCAGCCUCAGGUUCAUGGUCCUAUAUCAAAGCAAUCUACCAAAGAUCUGUUACUAUAAUAGCAGCGGUAAUAAUUCCAUUUUUAUUUAGUUGGCUAUUUUCUAAAGUUAUAUGUCACAUUUAUUCCAAGAAGAGUUUCAAGGCAGAUUACAGGGUGUGAGGGUUGGGUGGGGGAGGGGAUCAAAUGAACAAUAAACCAAACUAAAAGGAUCCAAAGUCAAACCAAGAAUAAUGAAUAGGGAGUGCCUUCAGCACAAUCUCCAUGUGGGAUGAUUUUGGAUAGUUAAUUGAAUGGACCGUCAGCUCCAAUUUCUGUGAGUCCUGUUUCCAAAGGAUAGUUGCCACUCCAUUUUUCCUAAAGCAAAAAUAUAAAUAUAGAGGGUCCCAUCAGGGGGAAAACAACAACAUCUACAGUCAAUUUGGAAGAAUCAAAUUAUUGUUUUUAUUAGUAGAAGAGAAGAGAAGAGUUUGGAUUUGAUAUCCCGAUUUAUCACUACCCUAAGGAGUCUCAAAGCAGCUAACAUUCUCCUUUCCCUUCCUCCCCCACAACAAACACUCUGUGAGGUGAGUGAGGCUGGGAGACUUCAGAGAAGUGUGACUGGCCCAAGGUCACCCAGCAGCUGCAUGUGGAGGAGCGGGGAAUCAAACCUGGUUCACCAGAUUACGAAUCCACUGCUCUUAACCACUAUACCACACUGACUCUCCAGUAGUAGUAGUAGUAACAUUUAUAGCCAUUGUUUAGUCCACCCGUACCUGCUGCCUGUCAAUUUCACCUACAGCAAAAUCAGAGGUAAAUUUAUUCCACAUUCGCCCUUUCGAGGCCUUCAUUCCUUUUGAAUGUGUCCAGACCCCACCAGCCCUACCUUUAGGGAAACUGAGGAAGCUGCCUUAGGCGGCAGAAAUGAGGGGUGGGCAGUGGCAGUGACAUGCUGGAGAUCAAAGCUGUCCUUGGAUGUGAAAGGGUUACACUGUUGCCUGUGUAGAAGUGUGAAUAAAUAUUCAUUAAUAACCAAAUAUUCCUAAGGAUGUCUGCAUAGGAUGUAUGUUUUGAGUUGCUUUCAUCAUGGUUUAUUGUCAGUCUCCUCCAUGGCUUCUCCAUCUGGCCUCCAGGCUUCUCCAUCUGGCCCUCAGGACUCUCCUGAGCCUCACCUGCUUUACGCACUGUCCCUCUUCACGCCCCGAGUGUUUUUGCCUGGCUGGAACAUGUCCUUGAACUCUGAUAAUGUUUCUUGCUUGCUUCAUGGAAGAUGAUAGGUGUGUGUGCGUGCACAGAAGCUACCUCACUGUACAAACAUAAAGCUAUCAUUGCUCCUCCCACUUUUGCCUCUAACCCUGCCCACCGCUGGCACGCAGCCCCCAGAACGUUGCCAUGAAGAGAAUGGGGGCCCUCGCAGUAAAAAAACAAAUAAAUUAAAAAAGGUUUUCCCCGCCCCUGCUUUAAAUGAAAGCAGCUCGAAUCAACGAGUUGAUUCAUGAGCUGAAAUCAGCAAGAAAAGCAACAAGUUUAAACAGAUGAUUUAAAUCUGGUUUUCCAUUGAUAUUUCUUCACAUUUCCCAAGCAAUGGUGCAAAUCAGACAGAACGUGAAUACAGUGGUACCUUGGGUUAAGUACUUAAUUCGUUCCAGAGGUCCGUUCUUAACCUGAAACUGUUCUUAACCUGAGGUACCACUUUAGCUAAUGGGGCCUCCCGCUGCUGCCAUGCCGCCGCUGCAUGAUUUCUGUUCUCAUCCUGAAGCAAAGUUCUUAACCCGAGGUACUAUUUCUGGGUUAGCGGAGUCUGUAACCUGAAGCGUAUGUGACCUGAAGUGUAUGUAACCCGAGGUACCACUGUAUCCAUAUUUGGGGAAACAGUCACGCUGGUUCUUCGUUUACGUAGAAAAGCCCCUUUAUCUCAACGUACCCUGUAUCGAUUCAGUUUUAGAGAUUGAUUGUAGGACAAACAUGCUUCUGUUUGGGUUGUUUCGUGUAAGUUGAUUUAUUUUUAGAAGAGAAACAUAGCAGUAUCCUCACAAGGAAAAAAAGAGUUUUAUUUAUUUUGAAAAUUUGCAUCCACCCUAUUUAAUGCUCUAUUGUUUUUAACACUCGAUUGGAAGCCGCCCAGAGUGGCUGGGGAAACUCAGCCAGAUGGGUGGGGUAUAAAUAAUAAAUUAUUAUUAUUAUUAUUAUUAUUAUUUCUUCCUCAGAAAAAAGUGGAGGACAAGCCAAACCGCAAGCCUUCCAUCUGGCUUGCCAUGUAUCGCGCCUUCGGGCGGCCAAUCCUUCUGAGCAGUACCUUCCGUUACUUAGCCGAUCUGUUGGGGUUUGCUGGACCGCUCUGUAUUUCCGGCAUCGUUAUGAGUUUUUCUAACGAGACUGAAGACGACAUUCUCCUGACCAAUGCAACGUCUGCAAACUACACUGCCUUAACCUCUGGAGCUAUUUACCCAGUUAGAGUAAGUAAAAUUAGAGUAUAUUUUUUUAGGGAGAUGGCUUGUUGGUCCUCAGUUGGUUAUUGUUUAUGGGACCUAAAAUUUAGGUGAUAGGAGAAGGAAGUAUCAUUUGUUUGUGUGUGGAAGUAUCAUUUGAAUAGGCUUUUCCUUUUUAAACAGACCAAGUCGAGACAUUUGAUACCCUGCUUUGUAAGAAGCACUUAUACCAAAAGCUUCCCAAUUCAUAUGUCACAGGAAACUAUGGUUUAACAAAUCAUGAAUGAAACAGGGGGAGGUAGGGUGUGUGUGUGUUUCUUCAACCAACAAACUAUUGUUUAUCAGGGACUCCAGAAUUAUUUUAGUCUUCUUAUUUUUAACUGUACUUUUUCUUUUUGAUACUUUAGAGAAAAAUUGUAGUUUUUUCUUAGCAAUUAUUGUUUAGUCACAUUCACGUUUAUGCAUUUUUUCCAGGUUAAUUGCCUUAGGCCAAUUAGGGUGACAGCCCUAAUUAUUAUUAUUUUUCAUUUCCUUGCUGUUCGGUUAGACCUCCAAUAUUUUUUCUUAGUUUAAACAAUCUCUUUCGUUUUGCUCCGUAGAAUUCUACAGAUCCGUUCCUCACUUCGACCAAUUUCCUCAAAACCGCCUAUGUCCUGGCAGUUCUCCUCUUCUUGGCCCUCAUCCUGCAAAGGACCUUUCUCCAGGCCUCCUACUAUGUUACCAUAGAAACAGGCAUCAAUCUACGAGGAGCUUUGCUGGUAAAUAAAGGCAUUACUCCACAGGCUGUGAAACGGCUUGGUCAAGGCUUCAAAGUAUCCAUACUUUGGCCUAAUUGGACCAGGAGGAUUGGGGCAGAUUUGAUAAAAAGUGUUUGGCUGUUUGGAUGGCAUUAAGGAGUCUCUCCAGUGUCCUUUGUACCUGAUAGCAGUGGCAAAAGACCUGUUUACAUCUUGCUUCAUCCCACCUUUCUUCCAUCAUAGUGCCUGGUUGGCGUUGACCCAUGACAGGGCCUUCUUGGUGGUGGCUCCUUGUUUAUAGGAUGCCCUCCCCUGUAAGAUGCAUCUGCUCCCUCAUUAAUAGCAUUCCAGAGAAAUUGUAAAACAUUACUGUUCACUCAGGCACUUGAGGGCUAAAAGACAUUGUCUGGCAAUCUUGACAACAUUAACUGCUUUAAAAUAUGUUUUCAUAAGUUUGUAGGGUUUAAAAAUUAUGUUUACUGUUUUCGUGUUUGGGUAUUUUAUACCUUGGGCUCCUCUGGGAGGAAUGACAGGAUAGAAAUUUUAAAGAAAUAAUAUUUGAAUCAGGCACCCCCAAGUCUGGCCCUCCAGAUGUUUUGGGAACUACAAUUCCCAUCAUCAUUGACCACUGGUCCUGUUAGUGAGGGAUGAUGGGAGUUGUAGUCCAAAACCAGCUGAGGAUGCCUGAUUUGAAUCAUAUAGGUCUGUCCUACCAAGUGGUAUCAGGCUUUUAAAAUUGAACUGGGCAGGCGCGGUGCUGUGAGUCAACUGCUAUUUCCGUGGAGCGAAGCCGCACAGCCGUUGCCGGAGGGCGCUGCCUUUUUCCUGGGACAAUUUGGUUUUUAAAAUAAGCACCCGUGAGUACUUAAACUUUGAACAAUUGGACUUUAAAUAAGGACUUGCGAGCAGAAAGGAAUUGGACUUAAAAAUUUUACUUCAAUUUGGUACUGAAACGGGAAGGUCUAAACAGGAAGUCAGCCUUCCGUUUCUUUGUAGAUAGAAUAAAGCAAAGACAACGUAAACUAGAGCUCAGAAAAUCGCCUCUAAAGGAUUGGCUUUCAUCAUUUAAAAUUGUUGAACCCCCCUUCGGCAGCAGGAGAAGAAGGGGAUCUUUUUGGACUGUUUAAACCUGCAGAAGUGAGUUUAAAGUAAAGUAACUUUCCACCGUCCUGAUCCUGGAGCAGGGUGUCAGGACUGACGUAUGAAGCUCAUUGACCAGAGAUAAACACUUUUGACAGAUAGCUAAAAGAAGAGGAACAUAGUGAUUCCAUUGUUUCCUUUCACACCUUAAAGGAACAAAUAUUGACAAAAUAUCUGAAAAAGGAAACUCUGUUGCUAGACUUGUCUUUAAAAGAAAGAUCAAAUAGAAGUUUUUCCCUAGAGGGAGACUGUGAAACUGUAACCAACUCCUGGGAGCUGGCAGCUGUUACAGAUUACAAUCGUGGGAAUAGACAUCUGACCUUGCAGGACAAUGUAUUCAGAAGCUCUGUUGUGUGCUUUCUAUAAAACAAAUGCCCUACUGGAACAGCUACAUGAGAAGACGAAUUUGAUGGCUGAUUCGAUUAGAAAUUUUGAACAGGCUGUGGGAAAUUUUGAACAGGCAGUGGGAAGAUAUGUGGAGCCCACCAAGGAAUUAAAUCAGGAGUGUGCCCUGACAGAACAGGCCCAACAGGAAUAUGAGCUUUUGGAUUUGACAAAUGAACUUGGAAAAAGCCAGAUUUGGAAAGAAAAAGUGUGGUUUGGUUUGGAAAUGGGGGGUUGGAUAGACCCUCCUAUGCAGGGAUUUUUGGACUUUUCAAGUCUGGCAAUGGGCCGCGAGAUGUUUGGGAUUGUGGGGCUCUCAAUUUUGGAGGGUUUUGAAACAUGUUUUUAAAUACCACAUGGAAUUUAGUGUCGAUUAUGGAAAAGGGGCUGAUCUGUCGAGAAGGGUCAAAAAUAUUGCUAAGCUGGAGUUCCCACGAGUGAAACGAGCAGGAGACAAGGGAAAAUACAGUUACAAAUAUGAAGAAGAGCUGCGGAAGGGACAUGGAAGAGACUUAAGGGCCUCGGAUAUAAGGUCACCAGGUUAAUGCGCCAGAUCGAUGGGAUAAUAAGGACUGACAAACCCGGGACCAGGAGGAAGGGACGCUGGAUGAAGAUUGGAUUUGUUUUUAUUUCUUUUUUUCAUCACUAGGACUGUUUUAUAAAAUUGAUGAAUGUUAGAAAAAUGUUGGAAUGAAAUUAUUUGGCUUUAGUAAAAAUGUUUAAAGAAUUAUGUAAGAAUAUUAUGGUUAUGAGAAGUUGGUAAAAAUAAGAUUUAAGUUUUAAGUUCCAAGGUUUUUAUAGUAAGAUAAGAUUAAAAUAGUUUAAGGUAAUGUAAUGACAGAAUAUUAUGAAAUAUGGAAAGGAUUUGCUGUGACAAUUAACAACCAGGACACAAGGAAGGGGAGGAGGAGGAGGUCAAGGAAAGAGGGUAAUGACAGUUGAGGAGUUGAAAAUAAUGGAUUUGUUUUUAAUUGUUUUUAAAUUUUUGUGGUGUAUUUUUGUUUUUCCCCCCUCUCUUAAUUUGUGUAUUUGUAUGGUUGGAAGUGGCUUGUUUUUCUCUUUUUCUAGUUUGUUUUCUUUUGUAACUUAAAAAAAAAAAAAUUCCUUCAAUAAAUAUCAUUUUUUUAAAAAAAAUUGAACUGGGCAGAAGUCUUCCCAUCCCUUAGCCCCCACCCCACCUUCAAACAACAUUUUGUCCCCCACAAAGGUUGUGUGUGUGGGGGGGGGUAUUGUUGACUUUCAGGGGCAAUGAGAGAAUGUAACUUGCACUACUUUCAGAUUCACUUACAUUUUUAUGAGGUGGCUGCGAGUAGUAUUUUUUUCUUUUUCUUUUUAUAAGCUUUGGCACACUUUCUCUUCAGAGGAGCCCUGUCACAUUCCUGGGCCGUAGGAAUGCCACUGCAUCAAAAUGAAACAUCGUUCCCAUGCCCAGUCUGGCCCAGAAAUGUUGCAAGGCUGUUCUGAGGAGAGGAACCUCGGCCUGAAGCAGUGGCAAGUCUUUUUUUUUUUUCUGGAUUGAAAAGAAAGAAAGAGGGGUACAGAAAAACACCCACAAUUCAUAAAUCUGUAAUGAACCCCCUCCCAGACUGUCUUGUGACAUUUGCCCCCUACAGAUUGAUGCUGAGGGAAGGUUUCUCCCCACCCGCAAACGAUGCCGAAAUUCGGCGCCCCCUGUCUCUCAUGCUCCAUCCUAAAGCAGAGUUACGGCGCUCCCUUCAGCGCCCCCAAGGUUCCACGCCUAGUGUGACCGAACCAGCAGCACUCUCCAAAUCUGCCUAUGAUUCCUCCUCUGGUCACUGAUUUGGAUAUACCAUCUGACUGCCUCUAGGUGCUGUGGUCAUCUGCAAGAGAUACCCAAACAGCGAAGUUGAUGUUGCUAACCUUCAUGUCUUGUUUGCAGACAUCUUUGUAGCGUAGUGUUGGUCUGCCAAUGGGCCUCGGGCCUUGAGCCAGCUCCUUGUGGAGCACAUCCCUAGGGAUCAUGAACUUUUAUUCCUGUAGUAUGGGGAUUAAUGGCAGGACGUCAAAAGCGGCUUUUAUGAGCCCUUAUGGUUGCUAAGAGACUUAUACAGCAAUACCCACUAACUAUCGCUGGCAGCCCUUGCUACAUUUGUCAAUUUUGUGUGGAUAUUUCUCUGGACAUUUGGAGUGCCUCAUUCUACUUACACAUUUAACUAAACACAAUAUUGAUAGUUAUUGUAUUUAGAUUGUGAAUUGAUGAUGGUAUUUUUGUCGUUGUUGUUGUUAGUCUCAUGUUAGGCUUCGGGGAAUUGGCUUCCUCCCCCCAUGGCAGUAGAUAAGAGAUCAAAGGAAAGGAAUGCCUUACCAGUUAGAAUCUUUGAUAAUCACAGCAGGUGAACAAAGAACCCAUCUCCUAGAAAUUGCGGUGCUCCCAAUUAAGGCUUACACCCCCUCCGUCCCUAUUAAUCUACGUCAAAUUACAAGACGUCCUGAGCUCUUCGAGACUUUGGAGAAGGGGGGUGGAUGCUAUCCAUAGACUGUGAAUCUGUUAACUCUCUUUUCCAGUGUUUCUUCUGCUAGCUGUUCCUCAUCCAGCAUUUCCCAGCUUCUGCCUUCUGAACUAUGUCCCUCUGCAAACCACUGUUCUAAAUCUAUUCUGUCCUCCUGCUCCUGGGAAGAUUCAGGAUCAGGAUCAGGGGGAAGGGGUGGCUCCCACCAUUCCUCCUCAGUACGGUCCCUGACAUCUCAGUAUCAUUUAUAUACUAUUUUUUCACAUUACGGUCUUAAAUGUUUUUCUCCUUUUUUCCUUCAUUAAAUAUGCAAACAAAUAAUAAUAAUUUAAAGAAAAGGAAUGUAUACCACCCACCAAAAUUUUGCCCUGCUUCUUUCCACAGGCAAUGAUCUAUAAUAAGAUGCUGAGACUUUCCACAUCCAACCUGUCCAUGGGAGAGAUGACUCUGGGACAGAUCAAUAACUUGGUCGCCAUUGAAACUAAUCAACUGAUGUGGUUCCUUUUCCUGUGUCCCAACCUAUGGGCUAUGCCCGUUCAGGUAGAGCAUCGAAGUAAGGGACUGAUUUUUGGAAGACACAACAGAUUUCAUUUCAUUCAUUGCAAAAAAACACACCCACACAACUUUACUGAAUCUUAAAGAACGACGGAGCCUUAAAGGAGGGACCAAAGCUCAGGGUUAGAGCACAGGGAUGGAUGGAGGCGCUUCUGGGUUCAAUUCUUGGCAUCACCAGUUAAAGCAGAGGAUGAACUUGCCAUGUCCCUCCAGAUGUUGCUUGUCUACAACUCUCAUCAUGUGUGACUCUUUAUUUUGCUGGAUUUGGCAAAAUCCGUAUACUGCUUGAUUGUAACGAAACAUCUGGGCUGCUUACAAGAAAUACUGGGAGGAAUUAAAUGCAGCUAGUGCAACCAUUGCACUUGAUUUCAUAUUGCACAACUGUUAUUAUUGCCACUUAGGCUAGCACAACAGCCCUUGUACUGGCGGCCAGGGAAGGUUGAAUCUGGGUCAUUAAAAUGAUAAAUAAGAAUAGUUUAAACCAAAAAAUCUGAAGAGGUAUGCAUGCACACGAAAGCUUAUACCAAGAACAAACUUAGUUGGGCUCUAGGGUGCUACUGGGCAAAUUUUAAAUUUAGUUAAAACCAAGUAUUUGAAACCAUUUUUUAAAAAAAACGAUUAAAACCAACAGAAAACUGAAAAGAGAUUAAAGAGACAUCAGCAUCUAUGUGUCUGGAUAGGCUGCCUAGGCAAAAAUGUCUUAAGCAGGUGCUGCAAAGGCAUCUGCCUGGUGUCAAUUGGCAAGGAGUUCCAAAGCGUAGCUGCCGCCACACUAAACGAAUGAUUUACUGCAAAUGGUGUAAGCAAUCUUGCAAGUAAACUAGUCCCAGGCUGUUGAGGACUUCCUGCAGUUUUACUAUGCAGCUGUUAAACAUGCGAGUGGGUGCGAGAAAACUUUGCAGUUAUCCCAGUGACAAAUUGGUAACCAGUGUAGAUCUCUGAGCAGAGAUGUUACAUGCUGAGAGGGCGUCGCUCCUGUCAGCAACUGUGCUGCAGCAUUCUGCAUUAGCUGCAGUUUCCAGAUCAAGUGCAAAGGGAGCCUCACACAAAGGGCAUUGCAGUUAUCCUUUGGCCAUGCUGGGUGGGGUUGAUGGAGUAGGAACCCAAAAACAGGUGGAGGGCCACAGGUUUCACCUCUGCCCUGAAUUCCCCCCCUGCUAGCAGGGUAGCGGGGGGGGGGGAACCUCCUUUGCCAGAGAUCUCGGAUAGCCACCACAAGGCAGAGCAAUUAAUACUACAGCCACGUUUACCCCAUACAUUCAAAACACUACAAUACCACUUAAAACUGUCAUGGAUUCCCCCAAAGAAUUCUGGGAGCUUUGUUAUGUGAAGGGUGCUGAGAAUUGUUUUGAGGCCCCUAUUCCCCUCAUAGAGCUGCAAUUGCCAGAGUGGCCUAACAAUAAAUCCCUCUUUACAGGGAAUUUGGGGAAUCGUAGCUCUGGGCAGAGGGGACAAGGACCUAAUAGCUCUCAGCACCCUUAAACAAACUUCAGCUCCCAGAAUCCUCUGGGGGAAGCCAUGACUGUUUAAAGCAAUAUCAUAGUGCUUUAAAUGUAUGGAGUGAACAUACAUUAGUAAGGUAAGGUAAAGGACACCUGGACGGUUAAGUCCAGUCAAAGGCGACUAUGGGAUUGUGGCGCUCAUCUUGCUUUCUGGCCAAGGGAGCCGGCAUUUGUCCACAGACAGCUUUCCGGGUCGUGUGGCCAGCAGGACUAAACUGCUUCUGGCACAACGGAACACCGUGACGGAAACCAGAGCUCAUGGAAACAUCAUUUCCCUUCCUGCCACAGUGGUACCUGUUUAUCUACUUGCACUGGCGUGCUUUUGAACUGCUAGGUUGGCAGGAGCUGGGACAGAGCAACGGGAACCCACCCUGUCACGGGGAUUCAAACCGCCCACCUUCUGAUCGGCAAGCCCAAGAGGCUCAGUGGUUUAGACCACAGUGCCACCCGCAUCUGACUUAGUAUGACUUAGUGGCCUUUGUUACACACCCUUUACAGUUAAGCAUUAUGCGGCAUAUUUUGAAUUUGGCAGCUUCACCUUUAGGUCAUCUCAUACAGGUUUGUGCACUGAACUACAGAACUGGCAAUGUUUCCUAAGUCUUCUCUCCCUUCAUCCCCCCUUUUUUGUAGAUUAUCAUGGGAGUGAUCCUGCUCUACAACUUACUUGGCCAGAGUGCCUUGGUCGGCGCUGCUGUCAUUGUAUUGCUGGCUCCAAUACAAUAUUUCAUAGCGACAAAGUUGGCCGAGGCUCAGAAGAGCACGCUUGUAAGUUGUUUUUCCACACAUGAGACUUGGCAGCUAUUUAAAGCACGCGACUGGAGUGGUAACACACUGGAGUUCUGUGCCUGGCUACUGUACGCUGUUGGAUGUAGCUCAGUCGGCAGAGCAUGAGACUUUUAACCUCAAGGUCGUGAGUUCGAGCCCCAGGUUGGGCAAAAGCUUCCUCCAUUGCAGAAGGUUGGGCUAGUUGACCAUGGGGACCUUCCAAUUCUACGACUCUAUGGCUCUAUGUUGCUUAACAGAGUGGCUGGGGAAACCCAGCCAGAUGGGCGGAGUAUAAAUAAUAGCAUUUAAACAACUAAACUGACACUCGUGGCUUUGUUUCCCCAUAAUAUUGUCAGGAGCUCGUCCUACCCUCGAGUAGGACCCCAUGGUUUGUUAAACCAUGAUUAGCAUGGUGUGUGAAGACAGCCCAGCAGCUUAACUGUUUUUUAUUUAUUACCAACAAGCCACAGUUUCUUUAUUGAUGCACAAACCUUAGUUUCUGUCAAUUAUGUCUUGGUGUUAAGUUUGAACUCAGCACCCUGCCUUAACCAUGGUUUGACUUUCAAACCCCAGACAUUAUUAUUAUCAUCAACAUCAUCAUCUUUGUUUAGAUGGGCACUUAGUGGUUUCAGAUCAACCAAAGGAACAGCGAUAUAACUGACUACAGUCAAACCUUGGCUCCUGAACGCCUCUGUUUUGGAACGUUUCGGUUCCCAAAUGCCGAAAACUCAGAAGUAAAUGUUCUGGUUUUUGAAUGUUUUUUGGAAGCUGAAUGUCUGACGCGGCUUCCGCUUGAGUGCAGGAAGCUCCUGCAACCAAUCAGAAGCCGUGCCUCGGGUGGUGAACAUUUUUGGAAGCUGAACAGGCUUCCGGAAUGGAUUACGUUUGACAACGAACGUUUGACUGUACCAUAAUUCUUGCAUCAAAAACUAUUGAACUGAUUUGAAAAUGUGGCAGCUCCUGAUGUUUCAAGCUGAUCUUCAAACCAUGGUUUCGACGAUCAGCAACACAUUAUGGGCUCUCAGUCUCUCCCCUCUCCACCCUGUGGCCUCACUUUGCAGUUUGGCACACUCCAUAGUUUGCUUAAAUAUUAUUUAUUAUUUAUUUGCAUUUUUUUUAUAUGGGUGGUUUAAUGCUCUUUUCCUCUUUUCUCUCUCCAUUUUCCAUCAAUGGAAAGGAUUACUCCACAGAGAGGCUGAAGAAAACCAAUGAAAUACUGAAAGGGAUCAAGCUUUUAAAGCUGUACGCCUGGGAGCACAUAUUCUGCAGAAGCGUAGAAGAAACGAGGGUGAAGGAGCUUACGAGCCUCAAAACCUUUGCUCUGUACACAUCUCUCUCCAGUAAGUAUAUAUAUCCUUGAGUGUGGCAGGCUGGCUGGAAGGCCAGCAUCUCAUUGUUUGACCCUCCUCCCUUUUUAUCCAAAGACAAACGCAAAAACAGCUGCGCACAAAUUAGAAUAAAUGCUUUUUUAAAAGCACACACAUGCCACAUAUGCUAUAAAAUACAAAAGUCACAGCAAUAAAUACAGGAAUAGGCAUACUCUCUCUCUCUCUCUCUCUAUAUAUAUAUGCAUGGCAUACUUAAACGUUGCCAUAUCUUAUUGUUUGGGUGGAUAGAACAGGUUGCCAGUUAUGUUAUUUGUUAAACUAUGGAAUUUGUUCCCACAAGCAGUAGUGAUGGCUGUCAACAACAACAACGUUCUAUUAUUUGUACGCCGCUCAUCUAACUGGGUUGCCCCAGCCACCCUGGGCUGCUCCCGGCAUAUACAAAAACUUAAUAAAACAUUAAACUUCCCUAUACAGAGCUGUCUUCAGAUGUCUUCAAAAGGUUGUAUAAUUGUUUAUUUCCUUGACAACUGGUGGGAGUGUGUUUCAUAGGGUAGGUGCCACUACCGAGAAGUUCCUCUGCCUUGUUCCCUGUAACCUCACUUCUUGCCAUGAGGGAACUGCCAGAAGGCCCUCAGAGCUGGACCUCAGUGUCUGGGCUGAAUGAUGGAGGUGGAGACGCUCCUUCAGGUAUACUGGGCCGAGGCAAUUUAGGGCUUUAAAGGUCAGCACCAACACUUUGAAUUGUGCUCGCAAACGUACUGGGAGCCGAUGUAGGUCUUUCGAGACCGUGUUAUGUGGUCUCAGCGGUCGCUCCCAGUCACCCAUUUAGCUGCCGCAUUCUGGAGUAGUUGUGGUUUCCGGGCCACCUUCAAAGGUAGUUCCACGUAGAGCACAUUGCAGUAGUCCAAGUGGGAGAUAACCAGAGGAUGUAUCACUCUGGCGAGACAGUGGGCAGGCAGGUAGGGACUCAGCCAGCGUACCAGAUGGAGCUGGCUUUUAAAGAGUGUUUACUAGCCACAAGGGCUAUAUUUUACCUCCAGUGUUGGAAGCUGCAUGUCUCUGAAUACCAGUAGCUGAAAAUCACAGGUGGGAAGAGUGCUGUAAACACCCCGAACCUUCUUGCAUGGCGAGUUUCCGCCUCCCCCCGGUGGAAAUAACGACACAUGACACAAGUCUUGAGGUUAAUGGGCUAAAAUUGGCCACAACUCUAUUGGUUACAGGUGAUGAGCGGUAUUGGCUUAGGCAUUGGUCCUACUGACUAUCCAGCUUCAGCCCGCUUGCUUGAAGACCGGUAAGGGUUAACCACCAGUAGGGGGAGUCCUGCUGAUGCACAUCAACUAGGAACUCCCCCGGGGUCACCGCUUGGGGGCGUGCCUUAGGUCCUCACCUCCAUAGGCUUCGGACAGGGCCACGCCCCCUGGAAUCAUUUAUCGGACUACCCUUCGCAAUCCAGGGGAAGUGAUGGUGCUUCCUCCCCCCCCUUCAUCUACAUAACAAUACCCCUACCAAUGCCUAACCGCCACUAGCUUGGAAGUGGCCUUGCAAGCCACCCAGAGGCACCUAGUUGGCCACUGUGAUAACAGGAUGCUGGAAUAGAUAGAUCUUUGGCUUCAAAAAGCGGGCUCUUCUCAUGGUCUUAUAGAGCCAUUAGAGGCAGCACCUGCCACAAAAACUGCCCACGUCCAUGGGCACCUUCAACACAGACCUGCACCAAACUGCUCUGGAGGUUGCAAGCCUCCAGAGUCUCUGUUGUCAUCUGUGAAAUGCUGCAAAGUAACAAGAUCCCAGCUGGAUGAGAUCAAAAAAGACCCUUCUAGCCCAGUAUCCUGCUUUCCACAGCGACCACCCAGAUGUUUGUGGGAAGCCAACAGGCAGACCAUGAUUUCAGUAGCGCCCUUUGACUGACAUUCAUCAUAAUUGGUGGUCAUUCCUAGUUUUAGGUCCGCCAGUUAAACAUUAUUAUUAUUUUAGCUGAUUAGGGAGCUCCAAGGCAGAGAAUUGAAUUAUCGUACUUCCUGCAUGUGGCUUCUGAUCCUGAUUUUACAAGACUGGGAAGGCUAUCCCCAGGGCCUGCAGGGGCAAUUCUCUUUCUCCCUCUGCCCAUUCCCAGGAUUCAGUCACCUCUCCAUUUCCAACCUUAGCAGAGAGACGGAAGAGAGAUCACACGCAGCAGAGCAGGUCCCGUUUCCCACAAGAUGAGCUUCCAGCAUCUCUACGUGUUCUUUGUCUUCCAAGAUGAAAAAAAAAAGCCUUGUGAAGCUUGCAAGUUUAUGAAACUUGGCCGAGGGGAAAUGAUUUCCUGACCUCCUGUUGCCUUUCUCAUACCCUGGGACAAGCAUGACAAGAUCUCUCCAAAUAAUCUUCUAACCUUCCUUAUUAAGCUUGUUGACAUCCAUUAGUUUACAUUAACAAUCACACGCAGCAUCUAUGGGCAGCUGAUAUAGCAGAGUUUGUUUAUUUUUUUUAAUGGCCUUUGAUUUAGGUUAGCAUAACCUCAGCAAUUUAAAUAAUUCCCUUUUCCCCACCAAGCCAACGUUUUUAACUGUGCAAUACAACCCGUCAAUUCUUUCGGGAAUAUGUUCCCCAGCUCAGUAAAAUACACAAACCAUAAUGUUUCCAAGUAUGUUUUCAUUUGACAGGAAAAGCUCCCCCCCCCAACCUCCAAUUAUGGAGUUGUCCAGGCAGGAAAUAAUCUUAAGGCAAACAUCUAUAGUAUAGUUCAGACACUGACAAAUGUUGCUGUAUAUAAUUCAUGGUUUUGCUUGUUUCCACAGUUUUUAUGAAUGCAGCUAUACCAAUUGCAGCUGUUCUUGCGGUAAGAAUUAAUUUUUUUGGGGGGGUGAAUGUUGGGUGGUUUAUUAAGCAAACUUUUAAAUUAGCUGUAGACAUACAGAAGGAUGAAGUGCUAGAUUUUUGAGGUGGUAGAGUAGAUUGUAUUAUUUCAGACAGCAGGGCAGAUGUCCCCUUGAACGUUCCCAGAUGUAAAACAUCAUCAUCAUCAACAACAACUUAUGGAGAAAGAUUCUAACUAAAGAUGACAAAUCACUUACCACACAAUACUGUCCUGAGAUUAGCUCAGGAUUUUUCUGAAAUUGCUUGGAAGAAAAUGGAAAACCUCCAAAAAAUAUUCUCAAGCCACGUGAGGGCUGGGAUACGUGUUGCCAAGCAUACCUCCUACUUGUAUUUCUACAGUGGUACCUUGGUUCUCAAACUCAAUCCGUUCCGGAAGUCCGUUCCAAAACCAAAGCGUUCCAAAACCAAGGCACACUUUCCCAUAGAAAGUAAUGCAGAAUUGAUUAAUCCGUUCCAGACUUUUAAAAACAACCCCUAAAACAGCAAUUUCACAUGAAUUUUACUAUCUAGCAAGACCAUUGAUCCAUAAAGUGAAAGCAAUAAUCAAUGUACUGUACUAUAAAAUAAAUAAGACAGUAUUGUAGAUGAUAAAAAUUAAAAUUCAAUACUUUUCAUACCUGCAUGAUAGUCAUUGUUUGGAUGGAGGGCUUUUAUCCAUUUCUGCAGCCACACAAUCAAUCAAUCAAUCAAUCAAUCAAUCAGUAGCUGAACUGGGUUCCACACAGUCACAAAAACAAAUUAACUGAAAAAGCCUCAAAAACAAAAACACAAAAUAAAUUGCAAAAACAAAAGCGCCAAACUUAAUCCGUUCUGGAAGUCUGUUUGACUUCUGAAAUGUUUGAAAACCAAGACACAGCUUCUGAUAGGUGCAGGUGCGCCGGAAACAAUAGCUGACAGCCGCAUUGGACGUUCAGUUUCCGAAAAACGUUCAAAAAUCAGAACACUUGCUUCUGGGUUUUCGGCGUUUGAGAACCAAUGCGUUUGAGAACCAAGGUACCACUGUAUUUGUAUCAGUGGUCCAGGAGCAGCAGCAGUGGCAACAGGACACCUAUUUACCUGUUUAGGAUACUUACACAGUGGUACCCAACCUUUUUUUGGGCCAUGCCCCACCUAAGCAUCUCUAAAAUCCUGAUCCACCCCCCCUACCCGUGACAUAUAAUUUUUAUUAUUCAAAAAGUGAACUAUUCAUGUGGAGGAAGCCUAAAAGGCCAUUAACUGUAAAUAACUCAUUCUCGAAUUGCCCCCAUUAAAAAUCAAAUUGCCCCACUGUGGAGCAUGUGCCCCAAGUUGGAAAGCAUGGUACUUGCAUCUCACUUAAUAGCCCUGAGAACUCCUUGCCUGUUGAUAUCAGGCAGCUGCCUUCACUUCAUUCUUUUCAGAGCCUGCUGAAGAUAUUUUUAUUUGGCAAGCCUACCCAGAUGUUUAGAAAACCUGCAUGAGUUUUAGUUUGUUUCAGUCUACUCUACUGUGGUUUUGACUUCCUGUAGGUCUUAAAUAAUUGUUGCGGUUUUUAAAGUGACAAUAUUAUUUAAUCUUUUCCGUCAACCCUCUUCUGAGUUGUUGCUUUUCUCUACAGUCUAUAAAUUUCAUGAAAUAAAUAAAUAAACUUAAUCAAAGAGUCUCACAAUCCAUCCGGGAUGGAUCGGAAGGGAUCCAGAUCAGUCAAGACAGGAUCGGGUCCAAUCCAGAUUUACAAACUGGAUUCAGAGGACCCUCAUUUUUAUACACUUUUGGUUGCAUAAAUGGGGUGCAAAAUUCAGAGAAGUGCGAAUCCCUGAGGAAUAGAAUUUGGUUUCACUUUGCGUAUUGGUUCCAAAAUGGUUCCAAAAUUGGUUCCAAAACCAUCUAUCCAAAUUAGAUAGUUUGCCAUUAAAAUGCAAAGAGCAUUGCAUUCCAACCCCCUCCUCCCAUCUCACACAUUCUUUGCCUUGCUUGUUCUGCACGAAGCAACAUAACCAACACACUCUUUUUCCUGACAUGACAGACCUUUGUGACAUACACGUAUAUUAAAGAGGAACCACCAACUACAGCCCAGGCCUUCGCUUCGUUGUCGCUCUUCCACAUCCUGGUCACACCGUUGUUCCUGCUUUCCACAGUUGUUCGGUUUGCUGUCAAGGCCAUCAUCAGGUACAGUGCUACCUCAGGUUACAUAUGCUUCAGGUUACAGACGCUUCAGGUUACAGACUCCACUAACCCAGAAAUAUUACCUCUGGUUAAGAACUUUGCUUCAGGAUGAGAACAGAAAUCGUGCUCCGGCGGCGUGGCAGCAGAAGGAGGCCCCAUUAGCUAAAGUGGUGCUUCAGGUUAAGAACAGUUUCAGGUUAAGAACGGACCUCCGGAACGAAUUAAGUACAUAACCAGAGGUACCACUGUAUGUGCUUUAAUGCAUAGGAACAUGCCGAGAGCCCGUGUGGAGAAACAGCUAGAGUGUUGGACUAGGACCUGGGAGUCCAUGAUUCAAAUCCCCACUCAGCCACAAAGCUUGGGCCAGUCACUGCCUCUCAGCCUAACAUAUCUCACCGGGUUGUUGUUAUUAUUAUUUAUUGAAUUUGUUACUUGCUUUAUCUUGCCCAGAGCAACCCAGAGUGACUUACAACCAAACAGGCAAAAUAUAUACCUUAGAGACCAACUAAGUUUGUUCUUGGUAUAAGCUUUUGUGUGCAUGCACACUUCUUCAGAUACCAAAGUGAGCAUGCACACAAAAGCUUAUACGAAGAACAAACUUAGUUGGUCUCUAAGGUGCUACUGGACAAUUAUCUAUCAUCUAUCUAUCUAUCUAUCUAUCUAUCUAUCUAUCAUCUAUCUAUAUUGACUGUGUCAGACCAACACAGCUACGUACCUGAACCAAACAGGCAGACAGACAACCUCCCCACAUAGAUACAUGAAAGCCAAGAGGAAAACAAGAAAUACUUUAAAAACAUCACCACCGCCCCACUUCCAACAGGCCUGGUUAUAGAUAAGUAUAGUCUAAAGAUAAGUAAUGAUGGCACCAGGCGAGCCUUCUUGGGGAGAGCAUUCCACAAAGGCCCCCCUUCUCCUGUUUCCACACUCUGGAUCUCUCAUGGAGGAUACACAUGAAGAAGGACCUCAGAUGAUGAUCUCAGGGUCCGGGUCACUUCAUUGUCAGGAGAAAAUGGGGAGAGAAAAAACCAUGUAUGCCACCUUGAGCUCCUUGAAGGAAAAGGUGGUAAGCGAAUGUAAUAAGCAAAUAAUAAUUUAUUAUGUAAGAUUGUUGGACAGUCUAGUCUGACAUUGUGUCUUCCUUACAGCUGCCAUACGUCCAGGAAUCGGGCUCUGAAAUUGGCUUCCAGGCGGAUUUUUAAAAAUCCAAAAAACUUAAUUUUGGUGGAGAGAUGUUUCGCAAAAAAGCUCAAGAACUUUGUCCGGAUUUUCACUUUUGGGGAAUAUGGCAACCCUAGUCUUGCUAAUCUACAGCUAGCCCUCCAUUGCCUCAGACGGGUCUUUCCCAAUCUGGUCACUAAUUGAAGAUUAAGUCUGAGGCAGUCAUGGGUUGUAGACAACUAACUUUUACUCAGAGCAGAGCCAUUAAAAUUAGUGAACUUAGGUUAAUGUUGUAUCCAAUGUUAGACCCACUGAAAUUAAUGGGUGUGGCUAAUUGAGCAAAGCGCCUGCUUUGCUCCUAACCUACCGCCCUCUCCUUCUUUGGUUAACGAUUUUAACCACUUUUGUCCUACGUAAUUCUUUGCCCCAGCCAAUGAGGCGGUGGUUAGUGCAAGCAAAAUAAAGGAAAAAUACAUGUACAGAAUUUAUGUAAGUUACAGAUCUGACCUUUUCUUUGUGAGGAUUCUGAAUUAUCUUUGUUUUUCCUAAACUGAACGGAAAUCGGCUGCAUAGGAAGCUGAGGCGGAGGGGAGCAGAGGGGUCAGUCCAACGAGAAGUCUGAAAGAAAAUUGCUUUCUAACCCUAAACAUGGUAUCUUCCAUCUUUCCUUCUAGUCUCCAAACCCGCCUUCUAUUUGUUUAAAUGUUCUCUCUCUCUCUGUGCUAUAUUUAGCUCAGCUGUAACACCAGUAGAGAAUGUCUGUCUUGCUUUGCACACUUGAGCUCUGCAAAGAUCCCAUUUUUUGCCAAGACAAAUCUCAACCUUUAAGAAGCUUUCUCCUCCACCUCCGCCUCCGCCUCCUCCUCCUCCUCCUCCUCUUAUUUUUUCUCUUACAGCCAAGGCAAUACCCCAGUGAAUAUAGACUGGGCCACUCUAUCCUCAUUAUCACCCAUCCAAUUAGCAUAUAGAAUUAAGUGCUCCAUUCCCAGGAUAACUAAGUGGUUACUUGGGUCUGCCAAUCCCCUUCAUUUAGGAAAUAGGCAUGUUGCACUGGUAGACAACCUUUUAUGGGUUUCUGUGAAUGAAUCCCAUUUGAAUUUUAAAUGCACCAUUGCAGUCUACUAAAGAGGGAAUCUCAGCUUAUGAUAAUGUAAACUCCAUUAAGAAUUUGUGGUCAUUUGAAAGACCAGGGUGAUUUCCAUCAACGUGCUUAUUGAACAUUCAUCCUGAUUUCUUUGCACCAGGUUUGCAAGGGGUAGGCUAUACAGUGUUGGCUGCUUAUUGAACAUUCAUUCUGAUUUAUUUUGAAGGCAGGUUGUGCAACUUUGCACUAAUCAAUUUCUACCCCACACUUUCCUGUGCAUCUUUUCAUCACUUUCCUUUCCGCAGAAAAUCCAGAUUCUUUUGGAAGUGGGUUUGUUAUGCAACAAUGCCAUAUACACUUAAUUUUACACUUAAUUUCACUGGAUUUGCUGGUAUGCAAUUGAAUCCCACCAACAAAACAGUAACGGUUUGGAAGUCCCCUAGGUAGAGCACAGUAAAUCCAAUGAUGUCGCCAUGUUUUGCAAUGCCUGGCUCAAAAACACACAUCUUGGCAGCUUGUCAAAUAUAAGGUGUGCUUUAUCACCGCCAAAGUUCUCCAGUUCAGAGCAGGAAACGAGAGAGUUCCAGGUUUUCUCACGAGAGCCUUAAAAAUAUCAUUUUAUGGGUGUUUGGAAAGGUGUGUUUGAGCUAGAUUAGUGCCUGAAAUUUGGAUAAAAUAGAAAGGUAAUUUUAAACCAAUGUAAUCUUCUUUGGCGAUCACUCGUAGCUGAGUAAGAUUGUCUUCCAUAAACACAUUUUUAAUAGUGAGUCUGUAAUGACAUCUUUGGUAAAGGCUGUUCUCCAACUGGAGCUCUCGCAGGCCAGUGUUUCCCAGUUGUUGGUGUUUAUGCUACAUUUUAAAAGAUUUGCCUUGAGAGAGUCUUUAAACCUCUUUUGUUGCAUUACGCUUUCCAUUUUUAAGUUCAGAAUAGAGUAGUUGCUUUGGAAGACGAUAAUUAGGCAUCCGCACAACAUGACCAGUCCAACGAAGUUGAUGUUGAAGAAUCAUCUCAGUAAGUCCUCCCCCUGGUCCUCGACUUCUUCAAACGUAUUCGUAAUGGGUAACCCAUUUCUAAAUCGAGCUGAAGAAAGUUUGUCCACUGCUAGGUAAAAUUCUUCCUUGGUUGUACCAGCUUAAACUAAGAUAAGAAGAAUGGCCAUCAAGCCCAGCAUUCUGGCCAAUCAGAGACCUGUUAUGGGAAGCUCACAGGCAGGACCCGAGUGCAAAUUCAGGUGACGAAGGGUUGCAUUUGAGCUCUUCCCCAUAUGAACCAAAAUUCCCAACUUAGAAGGUUAGGAUGAUGACGACUGGGCCAGAACAUCCCUCCUUUUAAAGUGUAGACAUGUUCUUUUCCCAUUGGAGAGAAAAUAAUCGUGGGAUCUUUGCAGCACCGCCACUCUCAGUUGGAAAUGGCGCAGUCUGUGAGCGCUUCUGGCCCUGUGAUGAACUGUUUGUCCAGAGAGCAUCUGUCACAGUGCCAAGAAACAUGCGGUUGGAACAAGUGGAUUACACCAUAUGCCAUGAAGAUGUUGUAAUCGUUAUUCAGUAGUUUCUCAGUGUGUUGUUAUGACUUGUAACAAUUUGUCUUUUUCCAUGUCUUGUCCCAGUGUGCAAAAACUGAAUGAAUUUCUCAUAAGUGAUGAAAUUGGAGAUGACAGCUGGAGAAAUGGAGAUACUGCCUUAACAUGCGAGUCUUGCAAGAAGCACACGGGACUUGUAAGUGCCUCUCUCUUUAUAAAAUUGAACUAAGCACACUAGUGACUGGGGAUAAGGGAAUCUGUUAAUUACGGUUUCUCAUUUUCCACAUCAGUCUGCAAUAGUAAAAAAAAAAAUCCUCAUGAAAAUUCAUUAGCAUCCAGUGCAAUAUUUUCCCCUGAAUGUGCACAUCUUUGUAUGCAAUUUUGCCCACAAUACACAUUUUUGCAGAUAAAUUGCCCACAGUAUAAUGCAUUUUUGUAUGUCAUUUUCACCAGUAUAUGCAUUUUAAUGCACAUUUUUAUGCAUUUUUUUACACAUUGCUGGAAAACUGCAUUGCACAAUUCAGAGAUGUGCAAGUUUUGGCAGAUGGCUGUGUUUCGGUCACAUAUUGUUGCAGAAAGUGUGAAGUAGGCAGAUUCACUUUAAAGUUUGAACUGAAUUGAAUUCCCCAUCUCCCAUUCCUACAGCUCACCCCGGGACUCUUGCACAUGGCAGGAUAUUUUGUAUUUGAUGCUGUUUAUGCGUGCAUUCACCUUUUUUUUGCAGCAUCCACACAACUUCAUCCUCAUUGAAACCCUAUCCCAUAUUUUCACAUCCUUUUAAUUGGGACCACUUCUGUGGCUAUUCUUCACUUGUCAGAGUUUCCAAAGAAACUGCAAAUUCAAAUUAAACGGGGGAGGAGUGGGAACAGGAUGGCAUUUUGAAGGGGAUGCCGUGGUGCGGACAUUGUAAAAAAAUAUUUGCGCACACCAACGGCACAGAACCUGCAACAAACUGCCUUGCGGAGGUGCCCCAGUUCAUCGCCUUUGCUUAAAAACAACACAAUGAAAUGCUAUAAAAGGUACAUUUUGAUCACAGUGAAAUGGUAUACAUUUAAAGCAGGGGCAAGGAACCCCAAGCCACACAUCUCACUGGCCCUGCCUCACACUCUGAAUGUUUUUGCAUCAAUGGAAUGCAUCUUUGAAAACUUGAGAUAACACUUUGAAUAACCUCUUGAUUAUUGCAUAUAGUUAUGGACAUUCUUGAUUUCACAGAAAGGCAUUUUAACACAUGAACAAGCAGAGGGAUUAGCUGAUUUAAAUCUCCAUGUAUACAGCGAUACAAAAUAGCUUGAAAGUGUUUUUUAGAAGCCCCUUUCCUUGUUUUGAGGAGAUUUGUUGCAGCCGGCGUUGCCUUAGAAGGGUUGUUCCUUUUGUACGCAGGAGGAAAUGCCUCUUUUACUGCCAUGCAUAGCUUCUAUACCUUUCAUGCAUUAUCUUACUGUGUUAACAUUCUGCAAAACGUCUCUACUUCUUUGUUCCCUGCUGUCGACCUGCCUAGCCCUCCAAAGCCAUAAAUCGAAAGCAGCCGCUGAGGCACCAGCUGGACAGCUAUGAGCCUCCUCUAAGGAUUCCAACCCGUCAUUUAGACAUUGAUGACUGCGCUAUCAAGGUGACUUGCGUUUUCAGUAGGGCAUCCAACAAAUUAUUUUUUAAGUGCAUCCGCUGCCAGGUGUUCAAUUAAUUAAUCCAUUAAUUAAUGAAUUGCGUGUAAGCUCAAGCCAGGUAAGACAGAUACUGUGUUGUUGCGUGGGUCAUCUAACCAGGAAAGUGAUGUUCUGGGUGGGAUUGCAUUUUCUCUUAAAGAACAACUUUUCAUCUCAGGGUUAUUAUUGUGUCCUUUGAUGCCCCGGUGACAUGCAUGGCAUAAAACGUAUUUUACCAGCUGUUACUGUUUUUGUACCCUUGUUAUUAUGUGCUUUAUGAUAUGUUAGGCUGAAAAAGUUCGAAACCAGUGUUUAAUGUGAAAUACACAGAUACCCCCCAAAAAACCCCUCCUUCCUUUGUAAUUCUUACUCUUGUGGCAUUUUCCUGGUUUUUAAAAAUCUUUGGCCAGCCUGGUUUUCACAUGAUGCCAAGCCAUGGUUUGGUUAACAAACCACGAGUUCUGCCACAGAUGAUCAAGCAAACCAUGGCUUGUUUCACCAAAGUUCAGUCAAACAAGUGCUCCCAACUUGCCUCAUGACUUUUUAGCAAGGCGAAUGUCUGGGGUUUGAAAGUCAAACCAUAGUUAAGGCAGGGUGCUGAGUUCACACAUAACACCAAGACAUAAUUGACAGAAACUAAGGUUUGUGCAUCAAUAAAGAAACUGUGGCUUGUUGGUAAUAAAUAAACCACAGUUAAGCUGCUGGGCCGUCUUCACACACCAUGCUAAUCAUGGUUUAACAAACCGUGGGGUAGUAUUAUGGGGAAACAAAGCCACAAGUGUCAGUUUAGUUAAUAAUAAUAAUAAUAAUAAUAAUAAUAAUAAUAAUAAUAAUUUAUUUUUACCCCACCCAUCUGGUUGGGCUUCCCCAGCCACUCUGGGCGGCUUCCAACAAAAUAUUAAAAUACAGUUUGUAAGAGUUGAUUAUUUUAUAUGGAUUCCUACAUGCACAGUAUAAUUGUUGCAUGUUCUUGUGGUUCUAAUAUGUGGUAUUUAUUGCAGGUAACCAAUGGGUACUUCUCCUGGGGAAGUGGCUUAGCCACAUUAUCCAAUAUUGAUAUCAGAAUACCCACAGGUAUGAUUAAUUAAUAGCCUCACAUUUUCAACAUCGUUUCAUUUAUCAUACCUUCUCUCAUAGCCGCAGGAUGGUUUAGAGGAUGGGUGUGGAAGCUGUGGCCCUCCAGAGGUUGUUGGAUCCCAACUCCCAUCAGCCCCAGGCAAAGGACAGAGAUGAUAGGAACUGUAGUUCAACAACGGAUUCCUCACUCCUAGUUUAUUGAGUAUGUGUACAAACAUGCAAGCACACAGAUAGAGAUUAUAGAUGAACACAAAUGUCUGUUAAUAAAAAGUCAAGCGUGUUUAAACCACCAGUGCUAAUGGGAGAUAUGAUAACACCUGCAAUCCUAUGCACGCUUACUUUGGAUUAAGUCACACUCCAUGCAACUUACUUCAGAAGUUUUAUUGAACUAUAAAGCAGCAAUCAUACUAAAUUGGGAGUCUUCCUGAACUCCAUGGGACUUUUAGGUAACCUACUUAUGAUAUUAAUACUAAUAUUAAUACUAAUAAUAAUAAUAAUAAUAAUAAUAAUAAUAAUAAUUUAUUAUACCCCUCCCAUCUGACUGGGUUGCCAGCAAAAAUACAUUUAGAAAAGGGGGGGGGGCCUCUAACAUUAAAAGCUUCCUGAAACAGGAAUCUGUUACACUGAAAUGAAUGAGACAAAAUUCUGCAGAAUCAUGUCUUCCUCCUCCUCCUCCUCCUCCUCCUCCUCCUCCUCCUCCUCUUCUUCUUCCUCUUCCUCUUUCUCCUCUUCUUCUUCUCCUCUCUUUUCCUUUCUUCUAUAACUGACAAAUAAGAAAAGAAUCAGCAGAUUCUAAAAAAGGUAAUACAGUCAUACCUCAAGUUACGUUUGCUUCAGGUUGCACAUUUUCAGGUUGUGUCCCACGGCAACCCGGAAGUAACGGAACGGGUUACUUCCAGGUUUCGCUGCUCGUGCAGGUGCAGAUGCGCAAAAUGACAUCACGUGCAUGUGCAGAAGCGGUGAAUCAUGACCCGCACAUGCGCAGACGUGGGUUGUGUUCUUUUCCGGUUGUGAAGGGGCUCUGGAACGGAUCCCCUUCACAACCAGAAGUACCACUGUAGCUAUUAAACAGCAGCCAAUCAAUAGUAUCAACAUCUAAUUCAUAUAUGCAAGCGUUCACCAUUCAUGCGUGUUAUGAUCAAAGCAACCAAGACCAUUCAGUUAUUGGUGGGUCAAAGGGUCUAAUGUUAGUCCGUUGUUGCUUUGCAGGCCAAAUGACAAUGAUUGUGGGUCAGGUUGGCUGUGGCAAAUCUUCUCUCCUUCUUGCUGUUCUUGGUGAGAUGCAAGCUCUGGAAGGCAAAGUUCAUUGGAACCGGUAUGUUUGUCAUUUCCUUCACUUUGGUGCUUUUAUAGGGUUAAUGAAUGAACUGAUCUAUGAGUUAGCCCUGGGGGGAAAGUUGACAGAUGGAUUUAGAGGUCACAGCUGUUAAAAGAACAUAACUGCUUUGUUCCUUUUUUGUUUUUUACCUAUACCCUUGAUUCCAGUUAUUUAAUAUAUUUCCUUAUUACACAUUUAAUUUGGGGAUUAUGAGGUCUAGAAGCUUUUCCAUGAAGAGGGCAUGCAGUUAUAUUGUGGAGCCUGAUGUUUUCCCAAUCCUGGCACAAACAAAUGUGGUUGUGUUUUGCUGGUAAUUUCAGACAGCCUGACAGAGAGGAGUUUUCAGGAAAAUCCUACAGGUAUUACCAAAUACAACCCUAAUGGUUUCAGUUCCGUGACAUAACAAUAAAUCCCUACUAUAAUUCCCUUCCUACAUAAUUCUGCAUGCUUGAGUUUGCCCACUGAUCUUAUAAGGGUUAGAAAAGAGCACCAAAAACAUCUGGAGAAGUAAAUGAAGAUUUUUGUAGUACUGAAGCUAGCAGCUGGGACGCGGGUGGCGCUGUGGGUAAAACCUCAGUGCCUAGGACUUGCCGAUCGCAUGGUCGGCAGUUCGAAUCCCCGCGACGGGGUGAGCUCCUGUCUUUCGGUCCCAGCUCCUGCCCACCUAGCAGUUCGAAAGCACCCCCAAGUGCAAGUAGAUAAAUAGGUACCGCUUUAUAGCGGGAAGGUAAACGGCAUUUCCCUGUGCUGCGCUGGUGCUGGCUCGCCAGAGCAGCUUCGUCAUGCUGGCCACAUGACCCGGAAGUGUCUCCGGACAGCGCUGGCCCCCGGCUUCUUAAGUGAGAUGGGUGCACAACCCUAGAGUCGGACACGACUGGCCCGUACGGGCAGGGGUACCUUUACCUUAGAGCUAAAUUCAUAUAGUUAAAGCCAUGGUUUUCCCAGUAGUGAUGUAUGGAAGUGAGAGCUGGACCAUAAAGAAGGCUGAUCGCCAAAGAAUUGAUGCUUUUGAAUUAUGGUGCUGGAGGAGACUCUUGAGAGUCCCAUGGACUGCAAGAAGAACAAACCUAUCCAUUCUGAAGGAAAUCAGCCCUGAGUGCUCACUGGAAGGACAGAUCGUGAAGCUGAGGCUCCAAUACUUUGGCCACCUCAGGAGAAGAGAAGACUCCUGGAAAAGAUCCUGAUGUUGGGAAAGAUGGAGCGCACAAGGAGAAGGGGACGACAGAGGACGAGAUGGUUGGACAGUGUUCUCGAAGCUACCAGCAUGAGUUUGACCAAACUGCGGAGGCAGUGGAAGACAGGAGUGCCUGGCGUGCUCUGGUCCAUGGGGUCAUGAAGAGUUGGACACGACUAAACGACUAAACAACAACAAGAGCUAAAUUCAUAGAGUCAAGCAUUUCCAGAGGACAGAAUAUGUGUAUGCCCAGUAUCUCCAAGCAUCCUUCUGUAUAUUGCCAGCAGGUUUUACAGGGGAAUGUUACUUCAGGACUUUGGAGCUGGAAAGUAAAUAAGCUUGCCAGUGAAUGUUGUGCAGUGCACACCCUGCUUGAGGAAGAUUUGAUCCUUGGCAUCUUCGACUGAGAUCACAGACAGCGGGGCUGUUGGGAUGCAGCCAAGGAAACGGGGGCAAUUUGCAAGCCCACAGCUGGCACCAGCCCACCGGCCGAUACGCGGGGCGAUCUCCAGUCCUUGGUUCAGUGUCAGCGACCCCAGCUUUAGAAGCUGGAGCAUGCUCUAAUAGCAGAGUAAACGCUACACAACAGAAGCGGCAGGGAGAGGCUGUGAUGAGCAUAUUUACAAGCAGUUUAUUCAGCGUACAUCAGGACAAAAGGAAAAACAUGUCUUCUCCCCUUCAUGUCCAAGCAAGCAGCAUAAGCAAUAGCUAUACUCAAAAUGGAAGUUCUCAGCAAGCUGUGCUGGAGUGUAAACAGGCAUGUGACACACAACAGUCAUGGCUGAACUUAAGGUGGAACGGAAUAUCCUAACAGGGGCUAGGACUCUGCCUGAGACCUUUGAGACCCUCUGUCAUUCAGAAUAGACAAACACAGACUAGGUGGGUCAGGGGUUGCGAACAUGUGGGCCUCAAGACUACAAUUUCCCCACUGUCCCUGAGCAUCAGCCAUGUUGUCCGAGGCUGAUGGAAACUGCAAGUGAUCAGUGCAAGUCUCUGGCAAAAGCAGCCUGCCUCCGCUUCCCCAGAAGGAAGGAAGAGAAGGGAUUUUGAGAGUGGGGGAAAGAGGACAAAGUGGUAGUAGAGAGAGAAAACAAGGCGGCCCAGGCCACUUUGGGUUCUGGUGCCACUCAUCACAACCAUGUCUGCUCCUGAUAGGUUAAUUCGAGAAAAUGUGGCCCUCAAAAUAGAAAGAUAUCCCCCUGCCCUAGUUUCUAGAGCAGUGGUUCUCAACCUGUGGGUCCCGAGAUGUUGUUGGACUACAGCUCCCAUCAUCCCUGACCACUGGUCAUGCUGGCUAGGAAUGAUGGGAAUUGUAGUCCAACAACAUCUGGGGACCCACAGGCUGAGAACCACUGUAGAGGGAGCAGCCCUGUUAUGAAUAGAAGUUGCACCAUAGAUGUUCUCCUCCAUGAUCUCCAUCUUCUGAGCAACGCAAGAAGGUCAUAUCCUGCUGCAUCUUCCACACCACACCUGUCCUAUCAGGAAGGGUUGGUGUGGUCGAUAUCAAGAGCCCACCCAGUGGCUUUCUGACUUAUGGCCUGUGUUUUUGUACAGAGGACUUUUCCCUUCACCUCAACAGAGGGAGCAGCUUUGUGUGUAUCUCAGUGCCCAUGUCUGCACGAGCUUGUGGCAUCCACAAAACCCCAAAAUUUAUGAACCUGUUCUGCUGAAUGGGGAAAUGGCUAACUGAACAAGAAAGAAUCUCUGCCUUUCUGAGAGAAAACUCCCCACCUUCUGAUGAAAACUCAUUCCUUCAUUUGAGCAUGGGAUGCCAGGUUUCUCAACCAGCUAAUACUCUAGAAACAUGACCCUGAGGUUAGCAGGAUUCAGUUAAUGUGUGUAUAUACAGUCGUACCUUGGUUUUCGAACAGCUUAGUUCUCAAACGUUUUGGCUCCCGAACGCCGCAAACCCAGAAGUGAGUGUUCCAGUUUGUGAACUAUUUUUGGAAGCCAAAUAUCCAGCGGAGCUUCCUUGGCUUCCGAUUGGCUGCAGGAGCUUCCUGUAACCAAUCAGAAGCCACGCUUUGGUUUUCAAAUGUUUUGGAAGUUGAACGGACUUCCAGAAUGGAUUCCAUUCGACUUCCGAGGUACGACUGUAUAUGUCUUGCUUCAGCUGUUGCUCCUUCUUCCGUUGUUCUAAACCUUUGCCUCAUGCUCUUGGGAUGUGUUUUUUUAAAGUCCAUAUCCAUGCAGUCGUGAAUUAAUUAACAAUGACGCUUUCUCCUUCUUAUAUGUGUUUCCAUCUACCAGGUGUGAUUUUAGCCUGCCCAACCCAUUGCUUGUUGCAGUGAAGCAUUGACCUUCAUUAAUAUUAAGCUGUGAAGCCAUACUUAGCACCAUUGUCAUUUGCAUGAAUAUGCUGUUUACAUGUCUUUAAAGGAAUUUGGGGUCUGGGGUGGGGAAGGAUAAGAAACUGGGGAGGGAGACUACGUCUUACAUGAAAAGGUAUUUUUCCUCCCAACAGGUGUUCAAAACUAUGAUGUGGGACUUUGAAAUAAGCAUGCCAGAAAACUAAAUUCACAGUUGGGUGUAACAAAAGUUUGCUGUAUUCAUAAAGAAACCAAAGAACAUUUGGUUUCCACAGGACCACAGAAAUAAAGAAUUGCAGAGAAAUUUAGGCUGCUUCCAUAUGACUUGUUUAUUGAGCACCCAACCCGAUUUGCUUGCAGGGAGAUUCGACAAUGCUGGCGAUUUAAUGAGCGUUCAUUCUGCUUUGUUUGUGGGGAGGAUAUAUGGUGUUGCACAAAGCAAAUGCCACCCCACACUUUUCAUUGCAUUUCCCCCAUCACUUUCCUUACUGCAAAAAGCCUGAGCUUUUAGGGAAGCGGGUUUGUUGUGCAAGACCUUCUCAAGCAACUGUAAUUGCAUGACCUGAAUUUGCCAGCAUGUGAUUGAAUCCCACCCAAAAAAAAGUAGUCUGGAAGUGUCCCGUGUUUGUCUCCUGCAACCCUUGCAAGGAGCGCCCUCUCCUCUUUGUCAGCAAUCUUCAAAGAGUGUGAGAGGUUUGCCUAUCAUGAGGAAUAUUGACCCAGAUCUGGAGAUCCCAUAAAAAGUUAGUCCUUAGGAUCUCAUGUGAGUGAGAUCUCUUUUUGAUAUCUCAGUAAAGAUGAAUUGAGUGCAUGGGAUCCUGAAGUACUUUUUAUGACAUCCCAUGGAGGGUCAAAAAUCUCAAAUCCCAUGAGAUGCAACAACAACAACAACAAUUAUAGCCACUCUUGGAGCUUGUACAAACACACACACAUGGAUGUAAAUGCUUGCCCAGUGUGUAGCAUGUUGGAUUUAAUUGUACAGUGGUACCUCAGGUUACAGAUGCUUCAAGUUACAGACGCUUCAGGUUACAGUCUCCGCUAACCCAGAAAUAGUACCCCAGGUUAAGAACUUUGCUUCAGGAUGAGAACAGAAAUCGUGCGGUGGCAGUGGGAGGCCCCAUUAGCUAAAGUGGUAGGUACCUCAGGUUAAGAACAGUUUCAGGUUAAGAACGGACCUCCAGAACGAGUUAAGUUCUUAACCCAAGGUACCACUGUACUAGUUGCUGGUGGGGCUCCAGAAUGGAAACUGUGCAAAACUGGUCAGAAUUUCUACCAGUAUCUUGUUACAGUUGCAGCUGAGUGGUGUUCUGAUUUGCAGACGCAAAUGUCUUCCCCCCUAUUCUUCAGCAUCAGGAGUUUAUUGCUUUCAAAUAUUUCUCCCAAGUAUGUGAAAUUUGCUCACCUCGUUGCUGUUAUCUUUUCACCAACUACCACUAAAAUACUGUUUACCAUAACUUGCAGUGGAUAUGAAAGUGAGUCUUCUUUUGAAGCCAGCCGGAGGUAUUAUUCUUGAAUCUUCUUCUUUUUGAAUCCCUCCCUUUUCUACAACCAACUCCUUGUUUCCUUACCCCAGUUACAACACUUUGCUAGAGAAUAUUAACUAGUAAACUUCUCCAAUGCAGUGGUUCCCAAUCUUUUUUGGGUGGUGGGGUGGGUUUAAUGUCCUGGUCAAGUAAAUAUCUGAAUACGAGCCACAAGAAAUUUUAAGACCCAGUUUGGACAGUUAAGACCCCCAAGAACCAGUGACUUCAUGGGAUAGAGGAACAAACCAGCCCUCUCUUCCUUAUCCUUCUUCACAUAAACAACCUUUCAUGAUUCUUCGAGUUUCAUUCCCAAGUUUCAGUGAAUCAGGCAGCAACCCUAUUAUCAACUGACCAGAAAGUAAGUUCUAUUGAACUCAAUUGGACUUGCUUCUGAGCAGACCUGCAUAGGAUUGCACAGACAUUCACUAUGAACUAAGAUGAAUUUUCAUUUCAGCUUCUACUGGUAGUUCUUGUGGCAUCAAUUGGGAACCACUGUGUUAUCAGAUACCUGAUAACUUAAGGGAAAUUAACAUUGCCCAUCACAUUUUUGUGCCUUCUAAACUCCUGUAAUGUGGAAACUUGCUAAGUUUACAUUAAAUGCUUCUAACUAACACGCAGUUUUCACAGCACCCAUAUCUCUUUUAUCAAACUGCCGGUGGAACUUGUGGAAAACCUAUUGUGAUGGAACGUAGCAGCACUUUUUAAAAGAAACAAAUGCCAGCAUCCCCCCCCCCCCAAAUGCUGUGCGUUUCCCAUAGUUGUUAUACAUAUUUUGAAUGAGGAAUUUUGAAUUCAAGAUUUGAAUUUGUAGUUGCGUUUUGAAUGUGGCAUUUUAACUGCAACAUUCAAAUGACACAAUGGCUUAAUUUGAUAGUAUUGAUUUUGACCGGAGAAGAAAUCACCUAAGUUGUCAAAUGUCAAAUACUAAUCUCUAUUGCAUGCAACUUAUUAGAAUGCUGGCAGAUACUAAUACCAAUGCACGUUAUCUAUCAAGUCCUGACAGAUUUUUUUUAAUGCAUGCCAGCUGUUAAAUACUGUCAAAUAUUAAAGACUAUUAUAUGCUCAUCAUUAAAUGCUAUGAUGCAUCAGGAGUUUUCCAAACUGCCAUUUGCUCCAUCUUGGGUUCCUUUGAAGCUUAUCAGGGGUUCCUCUAUUACAGGGGUAGUCCACGUGAUGCCCUCCAGAUGUUGGUGGACUACAAAUCCCAUCAUCUCUGACUUUUGGCUAUGCUGCCUAAAGUCAUUGGUCAGUGACUACAGUGUAGUCCAACAACAUAUGGAGGGCACAGCAUUGACUGUCCCUGUUCCAUGAGGUCAAUAAUGGUAGCUAAGCUAAUCCAAAAGGCAGCUUGCAAACCAUGCUGAUUUUCCUCUUCAGUACAUACCUGGAAGGAAACGUUGUAUGUAGGCUGCAGGGCAUGGUUUGAAAGCACUUGAUGCUGCAGUUUUGUUGAAGCGAAGGAGGUCUGGGACUGAUCCAUAUCUCAGUAGGAGGUCACCUGGGAAUAGGGACGUGGGUGGCGCUGUGGUCUAAACCACUGAGCUUCUUGGGCUUGCUGAUCCUCGCAACGGGGUGAGCUCCCAUUGCUCUGUCCCAGCUCCCGCCAACUUGGCGGUUGAAAAGCACACCAGUGCAAGUAGAUAAAUAGAUACUGCUGCGGCGGUGGGAAGGUAAACAGCAUUUUCGUGCACUCUGGCUUCUGUCGCAGUGUUCUGUUGCACCAGAAGCGGUUUAGUCAUGCUGGCCACAUGACCUGGAAAGCUGUCUGUGGAUAAACGCCGGUUCCCUCGGCCUGCAAAGCGAGAUGAGCGCCGCACCCCAUAGGCACCUUUGACUGGACUUAACCAUCCAGGGGUCAUUUACCUUUAUCUUAUUUACCACCUGGGAAUCCUGUGUACAGAGCCUUGAGAUCUAUCACUGAAAAUGGAUGGAACAUUAAUGUUACAGGUGGGACCUGCAACAAAAUGUUGCAGUAUAUUCUCCCUCCUAACAAGAGUGUUCCUGUUCACGGUUCCAACCAGCCAUUUGAGCAAGGCAUCCCGCCCGCUGUUUUGCAUUUCUCUUCUGCAGCCCAGCAUGCUGAGCUUUCUUUUGGCAGUUAUCUCGCUUAGGUGUCUGCUAAGGCCAACACAGAAGUGGCCACUGAUGGCUGGAGUUCACAAAGGCACCAUUGAGAGCUUCUGUCUUUGACUAGCCUCCUGUGCAUGCUCCAACAUAUGUGCAAUUCUACGGAACCUGAUGUCUAUGCUUAGAUGGUGGAAUCUAUGCAGCUGGAGUUCAACUUGAUAGAAUCAUAGAACUGCAGUGUGCGGAUCCCGGGGGCUAACCGAGAGGCAAGGUCCGAAUCCAGUCCGAGGUCGAUGGUGCGGUGUGGAGGCUGGCCAUCAAAGCUGUAGCUGGGUCCGAGUCAGGAGGAGUCAGGAACUCUGGCAGAAGAGCAGGACAGGAUGCAGGCAGGAACAGGCUAGCAACAACGUUGCUCCUGCAACCUGGGACUGGGGCUGACUGGCUUUCAUUUGCCCCGAGGCAUAGGGCAGCCCCGGUCCACAGGUGACUCGCCUCUCCUGGCCUGGAGGCGAGCACUCCUCCUGCAGGAACUUAGUUCCCUCCACCUUUCUGCCCUGAGCCUCUGCAGCUCAGGAGAGGCUGGAGGGUUACCGGACCCAGAGGCAACCUCCUCUUCCCCUGACGGGGCUGAGAGUGGAGCACCUGCAGGCAAUGGGUCCUCCAUCACCUCAGGGGCCAGAGCAGAUUCAGCUGGUGCCUGCACCUGAGGAUCCAGCGCAGGUGAGGACCCUUCAGGCUCAGGCCCCAGCCCUGGCUCAGCUGGUUCUGGAGGCGGGGACACCUGUGCAGGCUGGGAUUCCUCAGGUUCAGCCUCUGAGUCUGAAUUCCAGGCCAUCACAUGCAGAGUUGGGAGAGAUCCCAAGGAUCAUCUGUUCCAACCUCCUGCAAUGCAGGAAUCUCAACACGUUGUCUCCCAAUUUGAAAUCAUACUGGACCCUGCUUGUAAAGAACACAUUGAUUGGGCGCAUGUUCAUUGGAGAGCCCAGCAUCAGAGUGGGCAAUUAGUAUAAAUAGAGCACAUGUGGUACACAUUUUUACUUGGAGUUCAUCAUAGGAAGAAAAAGCAGUGGCAGGGAUGGGUGCUCCUUUAACGUAACCUUCUCCUGGAAAAAAACUUCCCCUCCUUUCACUCUUGUUAUAACAGCUGCUUUUCUCUUGCGUGCAUCUUUCUCUCUUACCAAUUUGCUAUAAACUAUGUGCGGGAGAAGCUCUGCCUGCCCACUGCUCCUAACGCACUCACCUCUCCCACCAGGAACCGAUACUCUGUGGCUUAUGCGGCCCAGAAGCCCUGGCUCCUCAAUGCUACGGUGGAGGAAAACAUCACCUUUGGCAGCCCAUUUAAUAAACAGAGGUAAGGGAAUAAUGCUUCUAACAGCCACACUUCUUCCUGCUCUUUGCUCAGGUAAGGAAGAUGGAAGAGCAAAGCCGUAAAGAUUCCCAAUGGGGAUUUUUAGUUGGAGAAUGGCAACUGCUAAUUUGGAGGAUGGGGGCAAUUCAUCAGGAAAUCUUCCCAUCCCAGUGCCACUGAAAUGACUAUAUACUAUUGUUGUACUCUGUAUUUUGGGUCUAUGGACCACAAUAAAGCUGUGUGUGAAAUGACAAAUAUGAGCAAAAAAGGUAUUCCCUCCCACCUCCAGCCCAGUCUUCCCUGUUGUCUCACGAAUUGUGAUGUUGAGAUCAUGCAUCUACAGAGAGAACCCAUAAUUCAAACCUUUGCACUUAUAUUGCAAAGAGUGGGGAACUGGAUCCAGGCAAUGGACCAGCUCCUGAUUUGCACACAAACCCCAGAGUCACUCACCUGUGUCAAUCACCUGACGACAGUCUGGAAGCUUCUUUGCCUAGGAGUAAAAUCCAGACCUAAGUCCAGCCUGCAGUCAAGCACAGGCCACGAAAACAAGAUGAAAAAAAUUGCUAUUAGCUCUGCUAGCGUCUGUCAGGCUGUGACCAUAAACUUUCCCCAUUGCCUCAUGGCUCAGUGGAAUAGGAAAUACAGUGGUACCUCGGGUUACAUACGCUUCAGGUUACAUAUGCUUCAGGUUACAGACUCCGCUAACCCAGAAAUAUUACCUUGAAGUCUGAAGAACUGUAGUCAUUCAGCAUGAGAACAGAAAUCGUGCUCCAGCAGCGCAGCGGCAGCAGGAGGCCCCAUUAGCUAAAGUGGUGCUUCAGGUUAAGAACAGUUUCAGGUUAAGAACGGACCUCCGGAUCGAAUUAAGUACUUAACCUGAGGUACCACUGUAAUCUGCAUACAGAAGACCCCAGGUUCAGUUGCCAGCAGGUUCAGGUACAGCUGGGACAGAUCUUGCCUGAAAUCCUGAAGAACUGCUGUUAUUCAGCACAGACAGUAUCAAGCUCGAUGGAUGCAAUGAUGUAACUUAGUUCAAAUCAGCUUCCUGUCUUUGCACUGGCCCUGCCCAGAGAUCCCUUUGUGCGCAUCAAGUUUAUUCUAUUCCUUCAACAGGUACAAAGCCGUCACAGAUGCGUGUUCUCUGCAGCCUGACAUCGAUCUAUUGCCAUUUGGAGACCAGACCGAAAUUGGAGAAAGGGUAAACAAAGCAUGAGGAAUUUGUGCUUAUGCUCUUGGUCCAAGUGGAUCCAUGAUCACAGCUGUUGUUAGUAAUGACAUCAGCACAAGCUGGUUUUCAGCAGAAGCAGCCUCUGUGCCCGCAACACUCAGCAGUCCAGAAGCACCCCCCUGUCAGUUAUUGGGGCAUGAUUUCUUUGUCUUACCAGGGCAAAGGCUGGCCCAAUAAAUGUUGCUGCCUGAGGCAGAGCAGCAAAUGGCGCCCCUCUCCCCUGGGCUCAAGCCCAAGUGCAUUAUUAUCCAAGGCCAGCCAAGUUAUUUUGGCACCUGAGGCAGGAGGAAGCCCCACACGUGCCUUUCCUAAUCCUUGGCAGUAAAAACGAUUACAAUAAUGUAUUAAGUAACCAGCAAUGUGCUGCCUUUUCAGGGCACCCAUAUUUUGCUGCCUCACUUUGCCAAAUGAUAGGGCUGGCCCCGUCUGAGGUCUUUACAUUCACCGGCAGGUGCGCCCUCGACAACAUUCAAAACCUUAAAAGCCUUUUCAACAAAUUACAAUUUCUAAGUUUUUCCAUAAACCCCUUGGUCUACCCUGGGCAAUCGUCAGGUGAAAUCCAUUAUUGCUUUCUGGAUUAAGGGCAUUGAUAUUUGGUAUUCUGUGUCCUUUGCCUGAAUGGUUUCCUGCCUCCAAAUCUAUCUGGGUUUUUUCUUUGCCCCGAUGUCAGGAAGCUGUAGUGAUCAGGUGGGAUCGCUAGGAGGAAUUUAAAAAAAAUAUGGAGCAGGCCAUUUGUGUCAGCAAUGAAAGCAUUGCGUUGACUGGGCGUUGAGCCAUUUUGAUAUGAUUUCUGAUCAACCCAUGCCUCUGCAUCUAUGUCCUAUUUCUCUGCCUGACAGGCACAUAUAAGCAUUCUAAAUGCACAGGCCAGUUGCUUCACCAGGCAUCCUGGGUCAUAAAGAUAGAAGGUAGCUUUGAUGUAGUUUAAUCUUUAGAUAGAUAUUAAAGGCCAGGAAGAGAGUUCACAAGGAGAUGGUAAAUACUGCCAUCCUACCUCUCCCGUUUAUUCCUGUUUAUGACCUCCGGGGUUUUCCUAAAAACAUUCCUCCUUUAUUCCUAUUUUAUUUACUUUGGACUACUAUGCUCAAGUAGGAAAUAGUUUCUUUGUAGUUUUAACUUUAACUUUGUCCCACGUGGGUUUUUUUGAAAAGCUCAGAGGAAAUCUGAUUGGUUCUUACGAACACUGUGUAAAAAGUUCUUUUGUGAAUAAAACAACCUGGGCCAAGGGGUGGACAAGAUUAUUAUUGGCACCUCCUCCCAGAGUCUUGCUGGUCAUGCCUCGUGUGUAUUUUAUUCAUCAGAGUCCAAUCCUUCCUUGCUUUGGGAACGCUACAGGAAGCCAUGCUAGAUACUUGGAGAAUUUAACUAUUCUCAAAUACUGUUUUGGGUUUUCACUAAAGCUAGGUUUAAUUGCUUGCCCUCUGCUGGAUUGGACAGUUUGAGGGUACCCCUUAACUGUUUACAUAUACAACCCUUGGCUCAUAUGCUUUUUGCCUGUAAUUUCUAUUCAGAGAACCGAAUCAGAUUGGUGACUUCUUUUGUCUCAAAAUUUCCAGGUAGGACUUCUGAAUGCUAUCUGGCCUACCUCUGGACAGAUUAGAACAAAUUAUUAACAGUGACUGUGGCUAGAUUUACCUUCUGGCUGCAAAAACACAGAAAGGAAAUCUCCCCAGGCUGAACCUAUCCCCGUCUGGUUGCUGUUCUCAUACAUUACCAUUAUUAAUCUAUAAUUUUAAUAAUAAUAGCAUAAUCUGGCAUUAUUGUUGUCAAUUAUUUUAACUCACUUUUAACUUUCAUAUUUUAAGGUAUCAAGUUUUAUAUCUUAUUUUAGACUUGUUUUAAACAUUCCUGAUACUUUAUAUCUUUUAUGUAUUACAAUCCACUUUAAUUUAUUUUUCUGUUAUGAUAUUUUACCUGUAUGGAUGUUGGCUUUAUUUUGUUCAGGUCCACAUAAUAAAAACAUUCUGUCAUCUGCCUUCACAAAAGAGGGCAUUUACAGCUUACAAAUAAUUUUGGGACACUUUCUUCCGUAUUUGAUUUCUGAGAUGCACUUUGUAUCUUAGUUGUCAUCUAGGUUUGGCAACCAACAGACCUAAUAUUUAAUAUAACACAUCAUUACAUAAAUUUGAAGGCGUUUUUGAGGGUGAGGGGUUAAUUUUAGAAACUGGUUAUUUCAAGGCUUUGGCAAAUCAGAUGUCAUUGGUACUUACUCAAGAGAAAUAAUUUUGCAUGGCCUGUCAUACCCAUUAGGGAAUUAACUUGAGCGGAGGUCAACGCCAACGAAUCUGUGUCGCUCGGGCUCUCUACCAAAACACCAACAUUGUGUUCCUGGUAAGGCUUUUUUCAUAUUUCUUCAGUUUUAAUUCUGUUUUGUUUUUGUUUUUGUUUUAGAAUUUUUGGUUGUGCUAUCCAAAUGCCUUUUGUGUGAAAAUUCGCAAGGAGUGUAUAAGCAUGCUAUACACACCACAGAUUCACAUACCCAACAGCUGGACAUUCAUGCAGUACUGCUUUGUUUAUUUGUUUGUUUUAAAUCAACCUUUGACAAGCCUUACUUUUUGUGUUUUACUGGUCCAUGGCAGCCAUUUUGCCAGAAACAAGGGAGGGAGGGGGGAGGGAUUAGACAAAUAAGAGAGCUCCCCCCUUCCUUGUUUGCCUUUUGAAAGAUUUCAGAUCGUUUCCCCAUGUUUCCCCAUCAUUUGGUCUUCAAAAUUCUGCCAUUGGGAACGUAGAAGAAAUUUCCCCAUAGGAAUCAAUGGAAAUGGUUGACUUGGUAUGUGAACAUUUGCCUAACAGAUGAUUUCCCCGAGAGCACAUUGUUUUGGGAUAUCAAGAUGUGCAAGUAUUAUGCUUUAGCCUGGUUUCAAAAUGCCCUCUUUUCAUAUAUUUAAUUCCAGGAUGACCCAUUUUCUGCCUUGGACAUUCACCUGAGUGAUCACCUGAUGCAAGAAGGCAUCCUGAAGUUUCUUAAGGAUGACAAAAGGACGCUUGUAUUGGUGACUCAUAAAUUGCAGUACCUGCCACACGCGGAUUGGGUAUGCAUCGUGGACUUUCAAAAAAAAAAAUUGCUGAAUUUUCUUUUUUAUAUAUAUAAAUUUUUAUUACCUUUUUUAACAUCAUUUUCAACAGUAAUUAAACAUACUUUUACAUCUUAUUCAAUUUUUUUGACUUCCAUCAAUCCUGUCUGAAAAUUUUACAAUCUAGUCCCUCAGUAUGCAUUUCUUAUCUUCCCUAUUGCAUUUCAAACUCAUAACCAAUAUCUCUGUCUUUUCCUACUUUGUAACACUUCGUAUAUUUCUCCUUACAAAACUUCCUGCAGUCCUACUAGCGUAAUUUGUUGACUACAGUUGCUCUUCAAAUAAUUCAUAUACUUCUGUAAAUCUCUGGUCCCGCAGGUUUCGAAUCCUUCCUGUCAUUUUGUCCAAUUCUGCAUAGUCCAAACAUUGCCGGAUUUUCUUACGUAUCAAACUAAGAAUAUAAGAACAGCUCUGCUGAAUCAGGCCAAUGGCCCAUCUGGUCCAGCAUCCUGUUCUCCCAGUGGCCAACUUGGGGGAAACCAGGGAGCAGAACAUGAGCACAAGAGCCCUCUUUCCUCCCCUGGUUUCCAGCGAGUGGUAUUCAGAAGCAUCGCUGCCUCCAACUGUGGAGGUAGGACAGCCAUCAUGGCUAGUAGCCAUUGAUAGCUCUCUCCUCUGUGAAUUUGUCUAAUCCUCUUCUAAAGCCACCCACGAGUUGGUCAUCACUGCCUCCCAGGGGAGUGAGUUCCAUAGUUUGAGUAUAAUAAUAAUAAUAGUUGUUGUUGUUUAGUCGUUAAGUUGUGUCUGACUCUUCGUGACCCCAUGGACCAGAGCACGCCAGGCACUCCUGUCUUCCACUGCCUCCCGCAGUUGGUCAAACUCAUGCUGGUAGCUUCGAGAACACUGUCCAACCAUCUCGUCCUCUGUCGUCCCCUUCUCCUUGUGCCCUCCAUCUUUCCCAACAUCAGGGUCUUUUCCAGGGAGUCUUCUCUUCUCAUGAGGUAGCCAAAGUAUUGGACCCUCAGCUUCAGGAUCUGUCCUUCCAGUGAGCACUCAGGGCUGAUUUCCUUCAGAAUGGAUAGGUUUGAUCUUCUUGCAGUCCAUGGGACUCUCAAGAGUCUCCUCCAGCACCAUAAUUCAAAAGGAUCAAUUCUUCGGCGAUCAGCCUUCUUUAUGGUCCAGCGAAUAAUAAUUUUUAUUUAUACCCCGCCCUCCCCGGCCAGAGCCGGGCUCAGGGCAGCUAACACCAAUAAAAUCACAGUAAAAACAUAAUAGGGGGGAAAGAAGGGAGGGGGAGAAAACACCAAUUUAAAAUACAGGUUAAAAUGCAAUUUAAAAUGCAGCCUCAUUUUAAAAUAGCCAAUAAAUCCAGACCAUAAGGGGAGGUAAACAUAAGGGUCAGACUGAGUCCAAACCAAAGGCCAGGCGGAACAGCUCUGUCUUGUAGGCCCUGCGGAAAGAUGUUAAGUCCCGCAGGGCCCUAGUCUCUUGUGACAGAGCGUUCCACCAAGUCGGGGCCAGUACUGAAAAGGCCCUGGCCCUAGUUGAGACCAAUCUAACCACCUUGCAACCUGGGACCUCCAAAAUAUUGUCGUUUGUGGACCUUAAGGUCCUCUGCGGGGCAUACCAGGAGAGGCGGUCCCAUAGGUAUGUGGGUCCUAGGCUGCACUGGAGUAUGCACUGGAGGUCCCAUCAAGACUCUGACAUCACCCCUUUACCUGGAAAAUGUUGGUCACUUCUCCUACCUGGGCAGUUAUCUUUCCACAAGGGCAACAUUGAUGCCAAAAAUCCAGCAUUGCCUGAGCUCUACGAGUGCAGCUUUCUCCCAAUUGAAGUGCAGAGUGUUUGAGGACCGGGAAAUUCGCAGGGAAACCAAAAUGCUUGUUUACAAAGCUAUUGUACUACCAACCUUACUGUAUGGUUGUGAGACAUGGACCACUUAUAAACGCCAUCUGCAACUCCUUGAAAGAUUCCAUCAAUGGUGUCUCCCAAAAUUUUUAUACAUCACUUGGGAAGACAGGCGAACUAAUGUCAGUGUACUGGAAGAAGCAAAGAUCACCAGUGUCGAAGCAACGAUUCUUCAACAUCAACUUCGUUGGACUGGUCAUGUUAUGCCGAUGCCUCAUUAUCGUCUUCCAAAGCAACUACUCUAUUCCGAACUUAAAAAUGGAAAGCGUAAUGCUGGUGGUCAACAAAAGAGGUUUAAAGACUCUCUCAAGGCAAAUCUUAAAAAAUGUAGUAUAAACACCAGCAAUUGGGAAACACUGGCCUGCGAACGCUCCAGUUGGAGAACAGCCUUUACCAAAGGUGUCAUGGGCUUUGAAGACGCUCAAACUCAGGAUGCAAGGGAGAAACGUGCUAGGAGGAAGGCACGCUUGGCAAACCCUCACCAUGAUCAACUCCCGCCCAGAAAUCUAGGUCCCCACUGUGGAAGGACGCGUAGAUCCAGAAUUGGCCUCCACAGUCACUUACGGACUCACUGUUAAGACUGUGUUCAUGGAAGACAAUCUUACUCGGCUACGAGUGAUCGCCAAAGAAGAAAGAAGAAGAAGACCCCUGUGAAGCUAGCAAGCAGCACAUGAUCCAUGUGCCCACUGCAAAAGCAUGAUGCUGGACUAGAUGGGCCACUUAGCUGAUCCAGCAGCUUCUCAUGCUCUUAUGAAUGCAUGUCUGACGCUUGGAAUUCAUCCUUAUUUGUUUAUUGCAGUUAUACCCCACUUUUUCCUUCAAGGAGCUCAAGGUAGCAUGUGUGGUCCUCCCCCAUCUCAUAUAAUCCCCACAAUACCCCUCUGAGGUAGGUUUGGCUGAGAGGCAAUGGCUGGUCCAAGGUCUCCCAGUAAAGCUUCAUGACUGAGUGUCGGUUCGAACUCUAGUCACUUAGGUCCUAGUCUGAUGCUCGUAACCAAUGAACCACACUGCCUUCACUUACAAAGUUUUCAGGGUUGGAGAGAUCCUCCUGCUCAGAUAACUGGUUAAGAAGACCAUCCGUUGAAGAGAAACGAUGCUGGUUUCAGGCCGGAUCAUCUCAGGGCUCUAGUGUGCUGAUUUAGCACAUCCAGUCCCUGCACGUAACCCAUGAGCAGACCAUGCUAAUCUCCUGGUAGUCUGGAAUCAUAGAGCAAUUGCUGGGUCAUCAAGGUCAGCAGUGAUAGCACAGUCCAGAUGGGGCAGGAAGCACGCAAUCUGUUUUCCAGACGCUGUUUUCUGUAUAUCUGAUUUUGUGCUAAGGCUCUGAAUGGGUCUAAUUGGAAACUUGCUGAAGGACCAAAUUAUAUAUGUUGUUGAGAGGUGGGGGAGAAGUGCAGUGAAAAGAUGCCCUUGCCUAAUUCACCUUUCCUGAAAUAAUGUACAAACUGAAAGGCAGGCCUCCCUUGAUAUUCAUGCAUCUCCAAAUUUUGCAGGGCAGUUCUCCACCCCCACCCAAAAUAGGGAACGGAUAGAAAAGAACGGAUAAAAAUGCAUGUAUCCGUGCAAAAAAAAAGCAUUACAUUAGGGGACAUGACUUGCAAAAUAUGCAUAUUAGAGAAAUCUGCAUAUAACGUGUGUGUAUUAAGAGAAAUGCACACCAAUGUGCAGACAAUUUUUCAUAAGGAUUUUUUUAAAAAGCAAAACUCAAAUUAAUGUGGCUUAAAUGCAGAAAUGUGGUUAACUUGAGAUUAGGGAAAUGGGAAAUUGAGAGAAAGUAAAAUUUGCACACUCACCCAUCCCUUGGGUUGUUGAAUUUCCAAAGCAGCACAACAUUAGGAACCUAGAAAGCUGCCUUAUAAUGAGUAGGACCAUUGGUCCUUCCAGUUCAAUAGUGUCUACACUGGCCGGCAGUGACUCUCCAGGGUUUCAGGCAGGAGUCUCUCCCAGACCUACCUGGAGAAGCCAGAAUUUGAACCCGUGACCAUCUGCACGUAAAGGAUUUGCUUUGCCAAUUGAGCUAUGGCCCUUGCCCCUUCCUUCUCUUUCUCCUCAGAUCAUUGCCAUGAAGGAUGGCACCGUGCUUAGAGAAGGGACCCUGAAGGACAUCCAAACUAAAGAUGUCGAACUCUACGAACACUGGAAAACGCUGAUGAAUCGCCAAGAUCAGGAACUGGAAAAGGUAACGCAAACAGCAGAGCUCCAUUCAAGACAAGCUGUGGAUCCAUAUUUGGCACACCAUAUUGACGCGGGUGGCGCUGUGGGUUAAACCACAGAGCCUAGGGCUUGCCGAUCAGAAGGUCGGUGGUUCGAAUCCCCUCGACGGGGUGAGGUCCCGUUGCUCGGUCCCAGCUCCUGCCAACCCAGCAGUUCAAAAGCACACCAAAAAUACAAGUAGAUAAAUAGGUACCACUGUGGCGGGAAGGUAAACGGUGUUUCCGUGUGCUGCGCUGGUUUCGCUAGAAGCGGCUUGGUCCUACUGGCCACAUGACCCGGAAAAACUGUCUGCGGACAUAAGCCAGCUCCCUUGGCUAGUAAAGCGAGAUGAGCGCCGCAACCCCAGAGUUGUUCGUGACUGGAUUUAACUGUCAGGGGUCCUCUACCUUUUUAUUGACCUAUCAGGUGGUGUUUCCUUAAGGGGGAGCAGAACUCCUUUCCUCUUUUGCCAUCCAAACGUGGCUUUUGUGCUUGCUUCACACAUGAAAGCAUUUCUACCCAGAAUGUCACUUCAGGAAUUCGUCAACAGAUGAUCGGUUGAUGUGUUUUGUCCAUUCUUGGCUACCACAUUUCACAAAGGAUUGGAGUCUACAGAAAACCAGUCUAAAAUGCACUUAGCACCAGAGUUAGCUGCUAGCUGCACACCAGAUAGUCAGAAUACACAGCAUUCCUCGUUCCGUUAUGGAAAUGUCAUUUAUUCGCUCCAAUUCUUGGGGAACAACUACCCCUCACCGCUGUCCAUUCUGUUCUCUAUUGUUCUGGCCAGGGUUGGCCCACCCGAAAGGCAAGGUGAGACGUCCACCUCAGGUGGCAGAUCCACAGGGGCAGCAGAUCCAGCCUCCAAGUAAGAGGGUUUGACUAGAUGAUCCUUGGAGUCCCUUCCAACCCUUCAGUUCUAUGGUUAUCCCAUUUCAAGGGGACAUUCUAACCAGCCAAAAGCACUUAAAAGCACCAGGGGCAGUGAGCCUAGUCUGGUGAGGUUAGAAAGGCCUGGAAAGUUGCAUUUGGCUCCCCAACCUGAAGCUUCCUACGUCUCACCUAAGUAGUCCUUGCAGAAGUUUCAUUUUUGAAACCUUGAUUGUAGGAUAUGGAAGCUGACCAGACCACCCUGGAAAGGAAGACUCUCCGAAGAGCUAUGUACCCAAGAGAAUCGAAAGCUCAGCUGGAAGAUGAAGAUGAAGGUAAUGAUAUACCCUAUAUUGACUGAUUGAUUGAUCCUUUGCUUAAAGAGGGAGAGAGAGAGAAGAAUUCAAUGAAUUAAUUCAAUGAAUAAUUUUUGUCUCCAUGUUUGCAUUUCCUUAAAUUAACACAUGGAGUUGAGCAUUAUCCACAUAAUUUAUCAGUUAGUUUGUUUAGAAAAGCAUUUCUGGCUUUGCUAUUCCAGACUAUGCCUUCACCAUAUUUAGAUGUUUCAGUGUAUCUGAAGAAGUGUGCAUGCACACAAAAGCUCAUACCAAUAACAAACUUAGUUGGUCUCUAAGGUGCUACUGGAAACAAUUUUUUUAUUUUGUUUCGACUACAGCAGACCAACACGGCUACCUACCUGUAACUAUAUUUAGAGGGACGUUAUAGCAAUAUAUCAGUAGAACAGCUUCUCUGUAUAUAUGGUGCUUGAGCAGUAAAAUAUUUUUAUACUGCUCUUUGCAUUCCGAACCAAGGGCAAAGUUCAUUCUGAAUUCCUUAAGUAAGAUACCUGAUGGUCAUGAUCAAGUGAAAACAACAUAUUUGUUGUCUGGUUUUGGCACAUUUUUGACAGAUAUGUGAGAUUUUUGGCUGCCCAAAAGCUGAGAAAUUUAAAAUUGAGUGAACUGCAAAAUUUUAGUUGGAUGAUUGAAAUGUAUUAGUUCCGUUAACCUUAUGUAUUCUCAUAUUCUUUUCUUCUUUUAACCUUUUGUACAUUACUAUUUCUGGUAUAUUUUAAUGUAAAGAUAUAUUUUGGUUGAUGCUGGGAUGGUUGAAACAACAGCAAUAAAGAAUAUGAUUAAUAUAAAUCUGUUAUUUUUACACACACACACACAUAUAACUUCAUGAAAAUACGUUUUUAAUUAUGCAUUUGUUCACAAAAUACAUAUUUAAAUACUUAUUUCAUCUCGGUGUCUUUGUUUCUAAAUUUAUUCUACCCUAAAAUGUGUAAUUUAUUUAUUUAUUACACAUGUUGGGUACUUUUCCCAGUCAUAAAAUUCAGGGAAGUGCAAAAUCUGAAGAGCAGUCACAAUCUCAUCCAUGUAUUUAGUCCAGGAGGUGUGAAUCAGGUCUGUUCACAUACAAUGUGGACCGCCCCUGCUUGCAGCUGAGACACACACGCCAGAUGAACUGACUAAGUUAAAUUUGUGACCUAGCAGAGGAAGAGGAGGAGGAGGAAGACGAUGACAACAUGUCAACCGUCAUGAGACUUCGGACAAACUUGCCCUGGAAAACCUGCUGGCAGUACCUCACCUCGGGAGGGUUUCUCUUACUCUCCCUGAUGAUCUUCUCAAAAUUGCUGAAGCAUUCGGUCAUCGUUGCAAUUGAUUACUGGCUGGCACAGUGGACAUCGAUGACUAACAACGGCAAGGCAUUGUGUUCCACAGAGGAGCCGGCCAGAAAGGUAGGCCGACAUGCAGAGGUUAAAGAGGUUUAGGGUUGAUAAACAGGUUUAUGGUUUGAUAAACAGAUAAACAACCUGCAGGGUGGUCCAACGCAUGGCCUGAAGGCUGGGUAAGGAGGCCCUUGGCUUUGGGAAGGGGGCGUGAGGCCCUGAUAGGGUCCAAGAGUCCCCCACCCUUCUUCAACCAGCCUAGUUAGUGCUUUCCCAAAUUUGGAAGGAGGCAUACCCUCCAAAAUUCCUGAGAUGAAAAUAGGGACAUUUCUCACUCCCCCCCAAUUGGCACCCCAUUUUUGUCCCUCUCCCCACCCGUAGAGCAUUUUCUCCACCAAUGGGCACAGCACACACGCCCUCCACCGUCUUGAGAAAACCCCAUAAUCCCCAUUUUAUUUUAUUUUUGUCCUUUGUAGAUUUACAAAAAGAUAAACACAUACCAAUAAAUACAUUUUAGAAAGGGGGCAAGAUUAGACAUGGAUGCACAAAGCAUUUUGUGGAGAAGGAGUAUGUUUGAUGAGAGGUUACAGCCUAUGGAGAGUCCUGAGGGCGAGAUAGAAAAACACAGUGCUACAUUCAGCCCCUAGAACUAAUGCUCCCCAUCCCUGGAGCAAAUGAGACACUUGGGGCUCACUGAUUGACUGGUAUGUCAGUCCUGUUUUGUGCCCUUGUAUUACCCCACUGCUUAGAGACAUUCCUUCUAAGGUAAUUUCAGCAGUAAUAUUGUGAUCUAGUUUUGUAUCUCAGCCGUAUUCCCACAGGCGCACACAGGAGACCAGAAAACUUCGUUCUUUCCCCCAAAGUGCUAUAAAAACAUUCAGUUAAUUUGAAUAGGAAGUGCACAGAGUCCUAAAACAGAAGUCUUUGGAACUAUGACCCACCAGCUGGACUGCACCGCAAAACUAAGCAUGUCUUUGAGGGUGCUUCAUAAUCAAAGGAAAAUUAAGUAGUUUCCCAGUAGGGGCUGAAGGCUCUGUCAGUGUUGAUUCUCUUUGUUUCUCAUUUUUCCAGUCUUAACUUCAUGUCUCUGCAUUUUGCACAUUAUUAUUUUUAAACAAACUUUCCUGAAAAUUCAUGAGGAUUUUAGUGCAAAUUUAUAAUUAUAAUGUUAUUGUAUUAUUUUAAUUAUAAAACAUGUUUAUAUGCAGUUUUGAAUAAUGUGCACAUUUUUGCAAGCAAUUUUCCCCUAAUUUAUGCUUUUUUUGCAAAUUGUGUUUGACUGAUGUACUACAUCGAAAAAUUCAGACCGUUGUGAAUUUCAAAAUUUCAGUUGACAUAUUGUUUUGGAAAGUGUGCAUUUGAUAGAUUCCGCCUUCAGUGCAUACCAAAUUGCAUGCUCUACUUCAAUGCAUACCCUACUUCUCAGGAUGAGAAACCUGUCUUCUUCCAGUGUGGUGUAGUGGUUAAGAGCAGUAGACUUGUAAUCUGGUGAACCGGGUUCGCGUCUCCGCUCCUCCACAUGCAGCUGCUGGGUGACCUUGGGCCAGUCACACUUCUUUGAAGUCUCUCAGCCUCACUCACCUCACAGAGUGUUUGCUGUGGGGGAGGAAGGGAAAGGAGAAUGUUAACCGCUUUGAGACUCCUUCGGGUAGUGAUAAAGCGGGCUAUCAAAUCCAAACUCUUCUUCUUCUUCUUCUUCCUGCCCUUGUUUUAAUAGACUUGUUACGUGGCUGUGUUCAGCAUCCUUAGUGGCGCAGGGAUUGUCCUUUGCCUGGUCACGUCUUUGACUGUUGAAUGGAUGGGCCUGACAGCAGCUAAGAACCUUCACCACGAUCUCCUCAACAAGAUCAUCCUUGGACCAAUCAGGUGCAGUGAAAAUGAAACGAGUCACCUUUAGGACCCAUAGGCAGAUAACAUAGGGCUUGUGUGAGACUUGUGAUCAAGUUGCUAAAGAGGUGAGGCUUUUCAGCAACUCCUCACAAAAAGGUGUUUGCUCAGAUUGAAGAGCUGCGCCUGGAGCAGUAAUUUUAUAGAGCCAGGCAGGCUCCUAUUGGCUCCUCAAGUCACCUGGUCUGGCUGGGCUGAUGGGCUGCAGUACCCACUCUCGCCAUUACGUAGGUGGCAUUGCAGCUCAGUGGAGAUCAGGCCCUAAGCACCCUCAGCCUCAAAGCUGCCAUGAUGGUAUUUGGGUCAAGGUGCCUUGAGUUCUGUUGCCAGAGAGCAGCUUGGAUCACCUAGUACUUUAUGUGGGAUUAAUUCAGGAAGCAGAAGAAUAUAAGCACUGAUCUCUUCUUCUUCUUCUUCUUCUUCCUCGUUUAUAUAUUUUUGCCAUCUGAUAGAUUCUUUGACACAACACCCUUGGGGCUGAUUCUCAACCGCUUUUCUGCCGACACAAAUAUCAUUGAUCAGGUAAGCUCAUUGAUCUCGUCAGGUGGUCCAGAGCCUUUAUUCCCCCACCCCCACAGGCCAAAAUAUGUGGGACGAGAGACAACUGGCAUUUGUCAAAAGUUCAAAGGGGACCGUUGCAGCAAACCCCUUCCAAGUCCAUUCACAGGUCUGGGUUCAGACCUCAUCUGCAAGCUAUCAAAGUGGGGAUCAGCUGAUGGGCAGUGACAGCAAGCACCCACGGCUGUGCAAGCUAUUUCCUGAUGAGGGAACUUCUCACUGCAGCUAUUACCUGUGGGACUUGCUGCCAGAGAAAUAGGGGGUGAAAACAGGCGGAUAGUGAAAAUGGAAGUGCAUGCACAAACAGUAAGAUAGUUUUCUCAUAGAAUCAUAGAGUUGGAAGGUACCCUGAGGACCACCUAGUUCAGCCUUUCUCAACCUGUGGGUCCCCAGAUGUUGUUGGACUAUGAAUCCCAUAAUCCCUGAGUUCUGGCCUUACUAGCUAAGGGUGAUGGGAGUUGUAGUUCAACAACAUCUGGGGACCCACAGGUUGAGAAAGGCUGACCUAGUUCAACUCCCUGCAAUGCAAGAAUAUGCAUCUGUCUUUUAUCAGGAUCCAAGCCUACAGCCUUGGCGUUUGUCAGUACCACACUCUAACCAAGUGUGCUAUCCAGUCUUUUGUCCCCAAAUCUGAAGACGCCAGAAGUUAGCUAAUGAGGUCUGUGUCUGGCCAGUGUUAGAAGAGCGUAGUGAAAUCUUGCAGCUGUAUUUUAUGCUGCCUUGGGAGGCAUAAAGGAAGCAUUGGUACGGUCAAAAGAGAUGAAGAAGCAGGCCACCUCAAGUUCUAUGAAGGAAGAAUGCUAUAAAUAAAACAGUGAAUAAAUUGUUGUGGAUAAACUUUAGUGGAUGUUGGCCUAAUCUAACACUUGCAAAUUAUCUUUGGUGCAGCACAUCCCCCCGACUUUGGAGUCCCUCUCGCGGUCCACGUUGCUCUGCCUGUCUGCCAUCGGAAUCAUUUCGUAUGCCACGCCGUGGUUCGUGGUCGCUCUCGUGCCCCUGGGGAUAGCCUUCUAUUUCAUCCAGAAAUACUUCAGAGUUGCAUCCAAGUAAGUUUAAAACAAAAACAAACAACCACCCCAAAUAUAGCCUAAGUCCAUAGCUAUUGAUGUUUUCCAUUAUCAUUCCGAUGCUUGUAGCUGCCGCCAAUUAAGCAAAAGCAAGUUUUAAAUCAAUGGUGGAAAACCAGAGGACCAAGGACUGAAUGUGGCCCUCUGGACCUCUCUACCCAGCCAUCAGGAUCCUGCCCAGCCCACCACACCCCCCCUUUCUGGCCACAUAAUUCACUGACCCUGCUCUAUGUGACCCUCUAGUGCAGCAGUUCUCAACCUGUGGGUCCCCAGAUGUUGUUGGACUACAACUCCCAUCAUCCCUGAGCUCUGGCCUUGCUAGCUAGGGAAGAUGGGAGUUGUAGUCCAACAACAUCUGGGGACCCACAGGUUGAGAAAGUCUAGUGACUUUACCCGGUUGGUAGGUGUCCUUUAAUGGAAGCAUCUCUCUUUCCUGAAUGGGGAGUGGCCUGUGUCUGGCCACACCCAUUUUUGGGCAUAUGCACCCUUGGUUUGUCCCCCCUGGGAGGUUGCCCAGGACAAAUUGUGGCCCUCAGGUUGAAACAGGGUUCCUGCUUUAAAAGAGUGAGGUUGUUUGCCAUUUGCUGCUGCUCUUUCGUUUUGUGUUUCCCGUUUCAAUUUCCAUAAUCUGUUCUUCGCUAUUUACGUACCUUCCUUCGACUGGUGACAGGGACCUUCAGGAACUUGAUGACAGCACGCAGCUGCCUCUCCUCUGCCACUUUUCAGAGACGGCGGAAGGCCUCACUACCAUCAGAGCAUUCAGGUUUGUAAACAAGGACUUCCCUUUAUAGUAGGUGCUGGUUAAAGGGACCCUGGGAAGCUCGAUUGGUUCAGCUGCCAACUGGCUGUUUGCAGGCCAAGCUCCUGCCAAGUGAGAGGCGAAGGCAAUCCAUAGACAGAAGCCAGAGCAGAACCCCCUGUCUGCUUAAUGUAGCCAACAUGGCAGCUUGCAGGUGUUGCUGGACUACAACUCCCAUCAGCCUCAGCCAGGAUGCUCAGUGGGCAGGAAUGAUGGGACUCAUAGCCUUAUCAUUUCUGGAGGGCAGCAUGUUGGCUUCCCCUGGUCAUUGGCAGAGGAAGAGGAGUAUGGGGGGAGCUCACUGCCCCCGGCAGCGCGAUCCCGGUGGGGUGCCAUCGUGGCUGCCACCCCACCUGCACUGGGCACCCCGCCCCUGCAGGCAGCAUGCCACGCCCCCAGCACACGCGCCACACCCCUGAGGGCUGCAAGCCACAGCCCGGGAUGUGCGCCAGCCCUGCCCCGCCUGCUCUCCACACCCCAGUGCUGGAGCAUGAAGCUCCACCCCUUUCCCUGGUUCAGACAAAGGUUGGGUCAAUCUUAUAAACUGCCAAAUUUUGGGGGAUGUGUGUGCAAACUGUGUGUGUACCCCCCUUUUUUUGCAGAAUGCAAAUUUUUUACUUUCCCCCUCUCAACAGUAGACCUAAAAAUCUAGCAAAGUGGUUUGCCAUGUGGCAAAGUGGUCUGGUGUUCCUGCAAUGCCAGUGCAAAGUUUCAUUGGAUAUCAUAAGUAGUUAUGGAUAGGGAUAGAUGAAUCUGCCCAUUUUGAUUUCUCCUAUUUUCAAUGUCUGUAUCGCAACAGAUUUCUUUUUUUACGGCACAUUUCUCCUUAUACACACAUUAUGUUAGAAUUCCUGCUCCAUGAUUGCAGUCAUGGGAUUGUUGUCUAUCACAUGAUAGUGUAUGUUUUGACUCCACAGAGUGGGAAGUGAAGGAGACAGGAUGUUUGUGUUACUGUGUUCUGCGAAGUGGGACUAUUGUCCUUUGUUCUUUUUCUCUUUGCUGUCUGAUGCUAGAGAGACAGGGAGCCAUGUUGCAGUGCUCCGUGUGUGUUUAUAUGUAAAUAAAGUAGAUUAGCCAAAAUGCUGAGUUGCUGAGGUCUGUCAUGCAAACUGCGCAGACUCUGCAGAUCCCUACGUGUGCUGAUGUCUGUUGGCAUCGGUCGCUGUGAUGUUCGGGCAGAAGAAAGCUUUUGAAGCUCCUGAACGAUCGACCAGGAGGGAGGGAACAUGCCAGUUGGGCAUGUGUCUCUGCCAGGGUCCUACUUGAGUGUAGGAGGAGCUCCUGAAACAUUAUAUAUAAACAAUUUGGAGUGUAUGGGGUGUUAGGGGAGGGCUAUUAGCUCUGGUAGGGGGCACAUCAUGCUCCUUCUGAGGUCCCCACCCUGCACUCACCUCUCACCUGGGGCUCCUAUAAGUUGUCAGCAUGUAGUAUGUGGCAGCAGCCACACCCCGGGAAACGCCUUUGACUGGCUGGCUAAGCCAGGUGAGCAGACAAGACCAACGGUGGGUCCAAUGGUCAAGAAGGCAGUUUCUGCAUAUGGUGUAGAGCAGCGGUUCUCAACCUGUGGGUCCCCAGAUGUUGUUGGACUACAACUCCCAUCAUCCCUGAGCUCUGGCCUUGCUAGCUAGGGGUGAUGGGAGUUGUAGUUCAACAACAUCUGGGGACCCACAGGUUGAGAAUAAUAAUAAUAAUAAUAAUAAUAAUAAUAAUAAUAAAUUUUAUUUAUAUCCCACCCUCCCCAGCCGAAGCUGGGCUCAGGGUGGCUAACAACAAUCAAAAUAAUCCAGCAUUCUAAAAACAUUCAUUAUAAAAUUAAUUAAAAUCAGAUUGAUGGCAACCAUUAAGCAAAAUUCUGUGCAGAUUGCCAGAGGAGGGGGUCAGGCUGCGCCCUGACCAAAGGCCUGGUGGAACAGCUCUGUCUUGCAGGCCCUGUGGAAAGAUGGCAGGUCCCGCAGGGCCCUAGUCUCUUGUGACAGAGCGUUCCACCAGAUUGGAGCCGCGGCCGAGAAAGCCCUGGCUCUAGUUGAGGCCAGCCUAACCUCUCUGUGACCUGGGAUCUUCAGGGUGUUUUUAUUUGCAGACCAUAAAUUUCUCUGUGGGGCAUACCAGGAGAGGCGGUCCCGUAGGUAGUGUAGAGGGAAGUGAGGGGCAGAUGGAGCUCAUCAACCUGGGAAGGUAGGCUAUCUAGGAGAUCCUAAACCUCUGCUGCCUUGCGAGUUAAGCCUGAGAGGAAGUGAUCUACUCUACCAACAAGCAAUUACUAAAAGAGAAGGAAUCGGUGAGGAGGAAGAACAGGUUGCCUUUCUGUCUAUCCGCACCUACACUGGUUCAGGUAACAGUGCAAGCAUUGUUGCUUUGCUCUCAACAAUAUAUGCAUUUUUAUACUUAUGUCUGGGUGGAGAAGUAAAGGUAAAGGGACCCCUGACCAUUAGGUCCAGUCGUGGCUGACUCUGGGGUUGCGGCGCUCAUCUCGCUUUAUUGGCCGAGGGAGCCGGCGUACAGCUUCCGGGUCAUGUGGCCAGCAUGACUAAGCCGCUUCUGCCGAACCAGAGCAGCGCAUGGAAAUGCCGUUUACCUUGCCGCCGGAGCGGUACCUAUUUAUCUACUUGCACUUGGACGUGCUUUCGAACUGCUAGGUUGGCAGGAGCAGGGACCGAGCAACGGGAGCUCACCUCAUGGUGGGGAUUCGAACCGGGUAUUCUGGGUGGAGAACUGAGUUGCAAUUUAUUUUUUUUUGAAAGCAUGUGUUUUGAUGGAUUAGCCACGUUUUGGUUUCGGGAAAUGUGAAUUAAGGAGUUUUGCAUUAAAAUGCAGAUCAAACAAAUCUCUGCUCCAUCCUUAUCUAUGGAAUUCCUCUCAUCCUGACCAAUAUUUUUAGAUGGUGUGUGGCAACCUAGAUUUUGAACUGCAAACUUAAAAAAAAUAAAUCCUCUGUCUUGGGUCCGUCUCACCUUAAUUUCCUAAGAUCAUUCCAUUCCACCCAUGCUUUCUUCCAGCAGCUAACCAAUUUUCUUCCAUCCCAGAACCAAAGUGUCCCCCCCCCCAGAUAAGCCUGAUAGUUGCCUCCCUUUGUUCUGAGUUCAUUAUGUACCCCCUCAAGCAGUCAUGAGCUCCCUGGACUACUUAACCGCAACGUUGUACAGGCCAAGUAGACUGGGAUUUGGGUGACCUUUUUGUUCGUCAUCUGAACAGGAUAAAAAGUUAAAGAAUGUGCAGAAGAAGGAGCUGGAGGCAGAUGAAAAGAUGCAGAUUGAGUGUGUCAGAGUUUCCAUUGUGUGUGUGGUGGUGGGGGGGGGAGGGGAGGGAAGGGAAGGGAAGGGGAUUGUGGCUGCCAAAGAGAAGCUCUCCAAAGCGGGAGACAGACAAUAGCUUUUCAGAGAGAGAAAAAGUAGUUCGCUCAUAGUGACUUUGCUGCUUUCGUUGUAGGCAUACCGCCCUUUUAUCCCACUGCCGAAACAGAUUCGGCAAGAUCUUUCUUUCUUACUCUUUGUAUUUUUGAGUCUUCAUUUUUCUGAACUGUUCUGUGAGCCUCAGAGGAAGCAGGGCACAUAAAUUUAAUAACUGGGCAAUUACUUUCUUACCCACUUCCCAGCACUUCAAAGUUUUGCAGACUUGCCAACAUUUGUUCACACAUCACAGGAUUCAUUCUGUACAGGGCUGGGGAAUGUUUUGCAGCCUGGGGUCCACAUUUCCUUCUGUAUAUCAUGCCACAUCACAACGUCAUUACAUCGUCACAAUGAUGUUGGGCACGCACAGUGCAUAGCUGUCAACCUUCCCUUUUUUUGCUGGAAAUUCCAUUAUUCCAGCGCCGUUUCCCGAUGCUUCCCACUGCUAUCCUGGAUUUUUAGAUAUCCCGUAGACUGUCCCCGGGACAGGUGAGGCUGUUGUUGUUGUUAUUUAGUCAUUUAGUCGUGUCCGACUCUUUGUGACCCCAUGGAUCAGAGCACGUCAGGCACUCCUGUCUUCCACUGCCUCCCACAGUUUGGUCAAACUCAUGUUUGUAGCUUCGAGAACACUGUCCAACCAGCUCAUCCUCUGUCGUCCCCUUCUCCUUGUGCCCUCAAUCUUUCCCAACAUCAUAGUCUUUUCCAGGGAGUCUUCUCUUCUCAUGAGGUGGUCAAAGUAUUAGAGCCUCAGCUUCAGGACCUGUCCUUCCAGUGAGCACUCAGGGCUGAUUUCCUUAAGAAUGGAUAGGUUUGAUCUUCUUGCAGUCCAUGGGACUCUCAAGAGUCUCCUCCAGCACCAUAAUUCAAAAGCAUCAAUUCUUCGGCGAUCAGCCUUCUUUAUGAAAUAUUGAAAUACUGCCCCUCAUAUUGAAAUACGAUACGAUACGAUACGAUAUCUUUAUUGUCAUUGUCCCUUGCGGAACAAUGAAAUUGAAAACUACACAAAACUACCACAAAACUACAUAAAACUACAUACUGCCCCUCAAUGAAGCCAAACUUAGAUUCACAAAAUCUUUAGCGGUAUGCAUCCCCCCAGAAAAAAGCACUGAUUGUGAGUCACAUAAGUCCCUCUACAUUUCCCCCCUAUCCAAAACAACAACUGAGAUGCCUUAUACCAGCCUUUCUCAACCUUGGGUGCCCAGCUGUUCUUGGACCACAACUCCCAUAAUUUCUGACCACUGGCCAAGCUGGCUAGAAAUGAUGGAAGUUGUAGUCCGACAGCAUCUAGGAAUUACACUCUUAUUGAUAACGAAGACCAGGGCAGGUUUGUCAAUUCAAUAGUCACCCUGGCAGGAAAAACAAAAUAAGUGCUUCCAGGUACAUAUGUUGCUGUCUCUUACAACCUCUUGAGAUCUGAAGCUCUGUUUCUGCAAUGGCCAAAUGGCCAAUCCCUUAUCCAGAUACCCCAGAGAUAAACCUGCAGGAAUAUGCAGACCAAGGCUUUCUAAGACCGAGUACAGCUUUGCCACCUUAAACCAGUAUCUACAGUGGUACCUCGGGUUAAGUACUUAAUUCGUUCUGGAGGUCCGUUCUUAACCUGAAACUGUUCUUAACCUGAAGCACCACUUUAGCUAAUGGGGCCUGCCACUGCGCUGCCGCUGCACGAUUUCUGUUCUCAUCCUGAAGCAAAGUUCUUAACCCGAGGUACUAUUUCUGGGUUAGUGGAGUCUGUAACCUGAAUAAUAAUAUUAAUACUAAUACUACAACUAAUACUAAUUUAUUAUUUAUACCCCGCCCAUCUUGCUCGGCUUCCCCAGCCACUCUGGGUGGCUUCCAACCAAAUAUUAAAAUACAGUAAUACAUCAAACAUUAAAAGCUUCCCUAGACAGGGCUGCCUUCAGAUGUCUUCUAGAAGUGCAUGUAACCUGAAGCGUAUGUAACCAGAGGUACCACUGUACUGGCAAUCAUUCAAAUCAUUUCAGGGCUGUGCAUCCAGGGAUUUUACGAUGCGUUGGAUAGGCUUCAUGUCAAUACGUAUGCCGUUCAUCAAUUACCCAAGAUGCAUCUCAUUACCACGCCUUUUGUUGAGUAUUCCUAUAUUCUGCAUGGCUUUUCUGUGCUCCAGUUUUCUUAUUUUGUCAUUGGGUGCUUUGUUUUUUUUGUUGCAUUGUGCAAAUGUAAAUUGUGCUUAUUUUCAUAGUGGCAUUUUUGUAACCCACCUUGGCACCAAUCAAGGCUUACUCAAACAGAGCAAAGCUUCCCCUUUCUGAGUUCCGCUGUAUCCUAAACUGGAUCAAUUGCUAUUGUUAAUCAGGCUAUUCUUUUGGUAAAAACCGUUCUUGGCUCCCAAGUUUGCAAAAAGCAAAAUGGAAUUAAACAAAAAUGCACCACAAGCGCUGCAUUCUUGCAAUUUAUAAUAAACCAGCAAAGAGCAAUUCAUCUGUUUUGACCAGAGCAGAAGUACAACAGUAACGUUUAUACAAUACAGUCAGCCUCCUGCCAAUAUUUACAAUUUCUUCUAAACAUCACUAUAGCAGAGUUGCUGCACUCCAAGCUGAAGCAAUACUGGGUUUCUUCCCUUCCCCCUAAUGGAGAAAUGUAUGUAUCAUGAUGAAAUGUCUCUGAGCUAGUUUUUGGGAGGGAGGGAGGGAGGGAGGGAGACUUGGUAGUUAUGUAAACACCUGGCUCGAGUUAAAAGAUGGCCAGCCAGCACACAGAGCCCAAAAAGAGCAUCAAAAGCAUGUCAUUGGCUUUACAGCAUCACUUACUAAAUGUUGACCAAAGCAUAAAACCCAAUCUCCUUCCAUCUUCUGGGAUGAUGGCAUUUUGUGAUUGGUCUGUCGUGAAUUUUUUGUGACACUUUAGCAGAAAUGAUCAGUGUUCCAGGUUCUUCAGUGCAGUAUAUUUAUUGUGAGCUAUAUAUACAAAUAUCUACAGGCUAUAAUACACAAGCAGUUCAUAGUCAAACAGAGUACCUGGCUGCACCUUAAGGCAAAUAGGAAGACCUCAAACUCUCUCUCUGACCACACUCCUCUACACCACCACACUUACUGCUGGACAGGUUUCCCUUUUAAACCGAUGGCAGCCAAUCAACUGUCAGUACAUUACUGCUGAGUAUUUCUAUAGAAGUACAUCAGAAGUUGCAUCAGCUAGCAAACUCAAGCCUGCAGACUUACUAUCUCACACAGCAUUCUGUGAAUCCCGACAUGGUCUUCAUCAGAUAGCCAGUACAUUGGACGGGAUAAGGACAAGGGAGGAUGUAUAAAUGGAGGGGUGUUUUCUGGGUUCUUCUCCUCCCACUCAUGGGAUUUCAUAUUAUCAGUACCUGCCGGGUAGGUCAGAGAGGACAAGCUGAUGCACUGGUUUCUGAAGGGCUGUUCUCCUGUAUGAACCUGUCAUAGAACCGUAGAAUUGUAGAGUUGGAAGCGACCAGGAGGACCAUCUAUUCCAACCCCCGGCAAUCCAGGAAUGCUAUAGCGACUGAGCAGUCUGUUCCCUAAAGCAGGGACAGAAUGACUGGCCUCCUUACAUGGCUGCUCUGUGAAUCCCAUCUUCCCUGACUUCUAGAUGUACCAAUAACAUCUGAAAGUUCACAGAUGUUCCCCAUCCCUGACUUUGAUCUUUAACCGGGGACCUGCUUUGGGUGACACUGGGAAUAAGUUGGGCUUUGGGCCUAUUAUGCGGUGGCUCCUUGCCUCUGAAAAACCCUCCCCAAAGAGAUCAAUGAUGCCUGUGCUUCUGGAUUAGGCAUCAGGCAAAGAUUCUCCCCACACUUUUACUUGACUUAUUCCAGUUAGUUCAGUGGUUCUCAAAGGGUGUGAUGUGCCACAGUGGUGUGGCAGGAGAGAAUGGCAAGUGUGGUGGGAAUGAUUCAUGUUCUUAUGUAGCUGCUUUGUUUUAUACUUCCUGGAUGUCCCACGGUUAUACAGUCAUACCUCGGGUUACAGACGCUUCAGGUUGCGUGUUUUCGGGUUGCACACCGCGCCGAACCCAGAAGUAUUGGAACAGGUUACUUCCGGGUUUCGGCACUUGCACAUGCACAAAAGCACUAAAUCACACUUUGCACAGAAGCGCCGAAUUGCGACCCGCACAUGUGCACACGCUGCACUGCGGGUUGCAAACGCUGUGGGUUGUGAACGUGCCUCCCGCAUGGAUCACGUUCGCAAGCCGAGUGUCCACUAUAUUAUAAAGUACUGUAUUUUUUGCUCUAUAACACGCACCCGACCAUAACACGCACGUAGUUUUUAAAGGAGGAAAAUCUGUAGGCAUGCCACCCAUAGGCAUUCCCUCCAUAACACGCACAGACAUUUCCCCUUACUUUCUAGGAGGAAAAAAGUGAGUGUUAUGGUGCAAAAAAUACGGUAGUUGUGUUCUAUGUUACAAAUCAAGCACUGCUAAGAUUUGUUUCUUUUUGUUUUCCAUUGUAUUUCUUAUCAAGAAAAAAACUGGAGUGGCAUGAGCAAAUUUUUAUUCCAAAAGUGUGGCCCAGAGAAAAAAGUUUGCGAACUACUGAGUUAAUGCAUGACGCAUAGGAAGCAGUCUAAUAUGUGCAUAGUGUUGAGAUUUCCAUUCCACCUUAAGGAGCAGACGUGUGGAACUGUUGCGUGUCACAUGUCUGUUUAUAUUCCAGCACCGCUUGCUGGGAACUUCCGUUGUGUGUAUAGCUUUUGCUUUUCCCCUGUUAUGAGAAAGAGACGACAUGUUUCUUUGUCCUGAUUUAUGAUUAAUAAAUCUGUAGUUGUAGUAUGCUUCCACAAGCCUCACGCCUAUUCUGUGUGCACAGGUCACUCUGCUGAUAGCCUGGGUUGCUGAUUUAUGUCGGAGCAGAGGCUGAUAGUCUUCGCAGCAGGAUGGCUGGAAGGAAACGGCCCAGCUGGGGAUUUCCCAGCUGGCCUCCCGGCCCUCUGCAUGUCGACACAUAGAGCUAAAGGAGGAAGUUAGAAAAGCGACACUCUAUCCCACUUUUCCUUUUAGCUUUAUGAUUUGGAUCAGGUUGAACAUUUUGAUGAAGUCGGGGGAAGAAAAUAGAAGGAGGGAAGGGUAGGGGAGAACUCAGAAGGGAAAAGGUUGCUGAGAUUAAACCAGUGAAAACAGUAUCUGGGGGGAGGGGAACAACUUUGAGUUUCAUUUCCCAAAAAAAUUGUGUCCUGAAUUUUACUUCUAGAAAUAUGGCAACCUAAGAAAAAGGGAUGAAUGUGAGCAAAUGAGUGGGACGCUUUUAUUCUGGUUCCUGAUCUUCAAAAGGCACCCGGCAACUUGGCACAAUCCUACUCUGAUUUAGCUGAUCUGAAUGUUGAGGUUCCACUUCCCUGCAACCUGUGCUCUGUGCGUUGUAUCAUCAGGAUUGCGAGUUGCUAACGUAAGAAUCCCUUUGUCUUUCGCAGGCACGAACCCAGAUUUAAACAGCGAAUGCUGGAACUGACAGACACAAACAACAUUGCAUACUUGUUCCUGUCGGCUGCCAACAGAUGGUUGGAGGUCAGGACGGUACGUACGCCUGCAUCCCUGCCACGGUUUUGAAACCUUAGAACCCGGCAGUUAACUUUUGUUUGAUGUGAAAUGCUGGGCAAAGAAUUAUAACUGGAAUACAUCUGGCUACGAAACACCCACACUUUCAUAUGCGCCAAUCCUUAAAAUAGCUCAUUGUUAUUUCUGUUGAGUUUUCUCCUCGAUGAAGCCAAGAAACUUCUUCAUUUGCUGCUGCUGGGGGUGAUUGUCAUUCAGAAGAGAAUCUGAGUUGGGCUAGGCUGGGCUGGAUUAUACUCCCCACCCCCAAUCCAGCUAUGCAAGGCCAUAAAGGAAACCAGAAGCUUUGAGUUGAGGAAUAUCACCUGAACUAUUGAUUUUAAGAGGCUUCUUUGCUGGUUUCCCAAAUCUGACCAGAGAUGGAUGGUGGCACACAGGCUGAAAACCCUCCUGAGUUCCUUCGGUCACCAGUUCAAGACCUGCUGCAGGCUGGACUAUUAUGUUAGAGCAGUGAAAGGCAAAUUCAGCCCUCCAGAUGUUUUGGGACUACAAUUCCCAUCAUCCCUGACCACUGGUCCUGUUGGCUAGGGAUGGUGGGAGUUGUAGUCCCAAAACAUCUGGAGGGCCGAGUUUGCCUAUGCCUGUGCUAGAGCCAUUGAAUGGCACAGGACUGCUGAGGGCCAAACUAUACACCCCUGCUUGCCAAUGUGGCGCCUGUGUUGAGGGUGGCUACCUCCUCCCCACCCCUAAAAGGUAAAGGGACCCCUCACCAUUAGGUCCAGUCGUGAUCUCCUAACUUGUACAGAAACCGUUGAUCCUCAGAUGAGAAUCCCCACCCUCCUGGCAAAUCUCCCCCAAAUUUCUUUCCUAAAGGUAAAGGUAAAGGUAAAGGGACCCCUGACCAUUAGGUCCAGUCGUGACCGACUCUGGGGUUGCGGCGCUCAUCUCGCUCUAUAGGCCGAGGGAGCCGGCGUACAGCUUCCGGGUCAUGUGGCCAGCAUGACUAAGCCACUUCUGGCGAACCAGAGCAGCACACAAAAACGCCGUUUACCUUCCCACCGGAGCGGUACCUAUUUAUCUACUUGCACUUGGACGUGCUUUCAAACUGCUAGGUUGGCAGGAGCAGGGAGUGAGCAACGGGAGCUCACCCCGUCGUGGGGAUUUGAACCGCUGACCUACCUUCUGAUCGGCAAGUCCCAGGCUCUGUGGUUUAACCCACAGCACCACCCGUGUCCCUUAGAUACUGUGUAAAACAUGCAAAUUGAAGAGGAUCCCUUUUAGUUCUGCUGGAUCCAACUUUUAACCAGACCCCCUUGUGAAUUCGUGAUGGUGUGUGUGUGUUGUGUAGGAAGAAUUUUCUGUAUGUGUGCUUUCUCUCCUUAUGUUGCCUGGGGGCGGGGAGAGUUACCCAGUGGAAAACAACAACUAAAGUUUGGAUGGGAUGCCCUCAGAAUCCCAAAAGUUCCCACGAGCUCAGAAAGGCUGGUGACCCCUGUUAUGUGUUAAAUUGGAGUUCUGUGAUUGGAACACCAAAGCCAUAACUUUCGUCUUGUAAAAGCAGCCACGAGGGACUGAGGAUUUGGAUGAAGGCCUGUACUAGCUUUUCCCCAUUGUGCCUGACUUAACCCUCCCCACCGCCGCUGCCACUAUGAACCAUGGGAGGGGGGACGACGACAGGUUUUUGUGUCCAUAAAUUUCUCCUAGUGGCACCUUCUAUGGGUGAUUUAGAUCAGCCCACCAACACAGCACAGGGGAAGAGAUUUGGGGGGAGAAAACCCAUCUCCUGCAGAUGCUGGACUCCUGCUCCUAUCAACCCCAACCAGCAUGGCCACUGAUCAGGGGUGAUGGGAGUUAUAGUCCAACAAAUCUGGGAGUCACUGGUUCUGUAUCCAUCCCUCACAGAUUCCACCAGAGGGUUGUAACACGCACAUGCACACACGCGCACGAGCACGCACGAGCACGCGCGCGCACACACACACACACACACAUUCUUUGCCCAGGCAUCUGCAGAAUGCUAGGAACUGUAUUCCUGCAAUAUCUGGCGGCACCACAUUUGCUACCUCUGCACUUAAAGGCACAGCAGUUGCUGAAAACCUCAGUCACACUCCUGCUCCCCCUGCUGAAAUCCCUUCUGCUGUACAAUAAGUAAAGGUGCACUAGUCCUUUGUAAGGCAGGGUGAAUGUUAAGCAAAGAAAUGUGAAAUCGAUGUAUUGGAUCCACUUAGAGCUUGAAAAGUUCUUUUUUUAAAAAAAAAAGAAGAACUAGUUCUUGUUCCAGUUCAACGUGCCCAAAAAGGAGCUGGUUGCAGUUCACGUUCUGUUCUUUUACAAUAUGAACUAGUUGGGUUUGCAUUCAGUUCACAGUUCAAUUCAAGUUCAUCCAAAUCAGCUAAAAAAAUUUUGGGUCGGCUUUUCAAAUGCUACAAGCUGCUGUGCUGAAGUAUAAAACAUACUUAAGAUGUCUAAGGAAGCAUUUAUUUUCCCUACCAAUGAAACUGAAAAGUCUAAGUCUAGCCCACAUAGAAGAGAAUUAAUUUCAAGAUGAAUCGGAAGUUGUUCAAAGUUCUACCCCAAAAUGAUCUUGAUAUACGUACAGUUCACCCAGCAAUUAUGGGACCUGCUUUCAGGUGUUGUUAGAGAUUUUUGAACUAAUUCAGUGAACUUUAAUUUAACUGAACUGUAGCAUAAAUCUGCCCCUCACCUUUUGUGUUUUGUUUUCUCUCUGCAGGAUUAUCUGGGGGCUUUCAUUGUUCUCACUGCAGCUGUGGCUUCCAUUUCUCCAAAUGAUGGUCCAAAGUCUGGCCUUGUGGGCUUGGGUCUCCUCUAUGCAUUAACGGUACGUACAGAGGUUUACAGCACUUGGGCGCAGUUCAUUUUGAUGAAAGCUGCACCAAACUGAACGAGAAGCUCUGCAGGAGCCAGUACAGAUCCCACUUGUUUUGGUGCACUUUGCACAGCAGAAUCUGCCGGUGCCUUGCACACUCCAAAACCAAUCCGCUGGGUUCACAGCCACUGUUAAAAGAAUAAAAAUAAAACCCGUAAAUGGUUCACUUCCCAACACUCUCAAUAUUGACAGAAACAAUCUUGCAAGUUAUGGAUUCAAGCCAGGGCUGAGGGAGUUUGGAAUGACUUGGAUCAGCUUCUGGCUUUACGAGCCAAUUGGAAAUAAUCAUAACAAAGUCACUGAGAUUCCCAGGCCCUGAGUGCUCCCAAAGAAAGUGCAUGCAAGGACUUUAGCCUUCCCAAAUCCAGCUUUCGACAGGGGAUCCACUUUACUGUCCUUUUAAAAAACAAAACAAAAACAAAAGCAAAACCUCAUUUCACUUUCUAAAAAUCUCUACUUUUUUCCUGAACCUUUGUAAGGAGCUUUUACAGGACAGCUCAGCUUGAAAGGCAGGCUGGAUAUUUAGGUAAAAAUCAAGUGAUGAAAUCUGCCUCUCUUUCAGAGAAGCACAGUCACUCAUCCUUGCUGUACACAGAAUUGUAGAGUUGGAAGGGACCCCUGCAAUGCCUUACAGCAAAGGAAAAGCAGAUCCCUCCACAGCCUGAGGAAUCUGCAGUCUAAAUUUCAGCGGGGGAAGAGAUAGGAGGGAAGGGAAUGGAAAAGUUGGAGGAGGAAUAUUAAGGGAAUAUUCCCUUAAUGGCACAUGCUAAUUGAAAAUUAAUACAGUCAUACCUCGGCUUACAGACGCUUCAGGUUGCGCGUUUUCGGCAUAGCUGUCAACGUUUCCCUUUUUAAAAGGGAAAUUCCCUUAUUCCGAAUAGGAUUCCUCGCAAGAAAAGGGAAAAGUUGACAGCUAUGGUUUUUGGGUUGUGCACCGCGGCAAACCCAAAAGUACCGGAACGGGUUACUUCCGGGUUUCGGUGCCCACGCAUGCGCAGAAGCACUAAAUUGCGCUUUGUGCAUGCGCCAAAUUGCGACCUGCAUGUGCGCAGACGCAGCGUGGCGGGUUGCGAACGUGCCUCCCGCACGGAUCACGUUCGCAACCCGAGCAGCCACUGUAGUUAUAUCACCUCUUUAUAUCUUCUUCCAUUUUAUCUCCUGCUUGCCCCUUCCACUUCCUAGCUAUAAUAAUUUGUGCAGCUGUCAAUAAAUUUGUGAACAAGUCCUUCACAGCCUGCGAACCUUCUACCCCAAGCCCCUGCUUCUUGUUAUAGCCUUGCACACCUGCCCAGGUGUGCAAGCAGUGGCAAGAGCCAGGAGCAGCAACAGACUCUGUUCAACUUGAUGCUGGAGAUGGUGCUCAGACAGCCUGUGAAUGGCCAUUGGUGACACCUGAAUCAAGCCACUGUACGCAGGGUGCUACGAGGUUAUACUUUUAAAUGUUUCUAUGCUAUUAUUUUUUAUUACAUUUAUCUACUGUCCUUCACCACAAGAUCUCAGAGGUUUGAUCUUCUUGCAGUCCAUGGGACUCUCAAGAGUCUCCUCCAGCACCAAAAUUCAAAAGCAUCAAUUCUUCGGCGAUCAGCCUUCUUUAUGGUCCAGCUCUCACUUCCAUACAUCACUACUGGGAAAACCAUAGCUUUUACUAUACAGACCUUUGUUGGCAAGGUGAUGUCUCUACCCAAUGGUAGAGAUGGAGGCAUCACUCAAUGGAGACAUCACCCAAUGGUAUAAAUCUACACAAUCAUUGGUUCUGCUUAUCCGGCUACCAUUUUAAAACGACGACUCUGUCAGCACUGUUCGGACUUUCGAAAAUGAUGCGUGGAUGAAUGAAGCCUCACUCCGUCACAUUGUACUACUAGCGGCCCGUUUCCAUCCUGUGAAAUUAUCCUAUUGUAUCAUUUCAGAUCACCAAUUAUUUGAACUGGGUGGUGAGAAACCUGGCCGACUUAGAAGUACAAAUGAGUGCGGUAAAGAAAGUGAACAGUUUUCUCAACAUGGAGUCAGAGAACUAUGAAGGCACCAUGGGUAUGUCAAAAUGCUUACAGUCCUGUUCUUCAUGCCUGCUGACCUCACUUCUGCCCCAUAGAUACAGUCACUAUAACUUCUGAAGGAGCACACAUCUGUAAAAGCUGUGUGAACUGGCUCUGUUUGUGCAAUUGGGAACCUGACUUGAUUGCCAACACUUUUCCAGUUCUUUCCUACAUUUGUAGGCUCUUUCAAAGGUUAUUCUCAGAAGGUGGAACAGUCAGUGUGGUCCCAUUCCUUGAUUUACUCAUAAGUAAGUGAUACCCAACUAAGGAUAUUGACAAGCUGGAACGUGUGCAGAGGAGGGCAACCAAGAUGACCAGGGUCUGGAAAUCAAGCUUUAUGAGGUUGAGGGAGCUUGGUAUGUUUAGACUGGAAAAGAGGAGACUGAUAGGAGAUAUGAUAGCCAUCUUCAGAUAUCUCAAGGGCUGUCACAUGAAAGAUGGAGCAAGCUUGUUUUGCGUGGCGAGUUCCCGCCCCCCCCAGUGGAAAUAAUGACACAAUUAUUAAGGUUAACGGGCUAAAUAAGGCCACAACUUGAUGAUGAUGAUGAUGAUGAUGAUGAUGAUGAUGAUGAUUAAGGUUAACGGGCUAAAUAAGGCCACAACUUUGUUGGUUACAGGUGAUGAGCGGUAUUGGCUUAGGCAUUGGUCCUAACCGACUAUAUCCCACUUCAACCCGUCCACUUGAAGUCCGGGAAGGGUUAACCACCAGUAGGGGGAGUCCUGCUGAUGCACAUCAACUAGGAACUCCCCCAGGGUCAUCGAUAGGGGGUGUACCUUAGGCCCUCACCUCCCCAGGCUUUGGACAGGGCCACGCCCCCUGGAAUCCUUUAUCGGACUACCCUUCAAUAUGUGGGGCAGGUGAUGGCGCUACCUCCCCUCUUCCAUCUACAGAACUAUACCAGGAACAGCUGGCAAAGAGGGAGAUCCCCAGCCGCGUUCUGCUUUAACUAGGGCAGGCCACGCCCCCAGAGCCAGCCGAUUGGCUGGCCAGGAGGUGAUGCGGCCGGGAAUCCCCCCAAGCACGCGUGACGCCUGUAACUUCACCUCCUCCGAAGGGCGGAAGUGGCUUUCUCCUUCCCCAGAGGGUAGGACCCAAACUAACGGCUUCAAGUUACAAGAAAGGAGAUUCUGACUAAACAUCAGAACUUUCUGACAGUAAGAGCUGUUCGACAGUGGAAUUGUCUCCCCUGGGAGGUUGUGGACUCUCCCUCCUUGGAAGUUUGGAAGCAGAGGUUGGAUGGCCAUCUGUCAUGGAUGCUUUAGUUGAGAUUCCUGCAUUGCAGGGGGUUGGACCAGAUGACCCCAGGGGCCCUUCCAUCUCUAUAUUCUAUGAUUCUAAAUCAGCAUCAUGGUAGACCUACUGAAAUGAAGCCUAUUGAUUUUAGUUGGUUUUCUUUGACUAUGACUUGGAUAUCACCUAACAUAUGCAGUCUUAACACUGCCGUUUUAUCUUAAGAUGAAACAUAACGGAGUCAAUAGCCUCUAAUCCAGUUGGAGGCUCUUUGGUUGUAUAUUUUGCUCAUCUUUCACUUAGAUGAAUUUCUUUAUCUUGCACAUGCAUACAAGCCAGAGAGCAAAACAAUAUUGCGCUUGCAUGCUAACUGAUCGCAUAGAUAAGGCUUCCAAGCACUGACAGUCAACGACUUCAUUCGUUUUCCAGAUAUUUCUCAGGUCCCCAAAGACUGGCCACAAGAAGGAGAAAUCAAGAUUGAAAAUCUGUGCGUCCGAUAUGAAAACAACCUGAAGCCGGUUCUCAAGCACGUCAAAGCUUACAUCAAACCAGGCCAGAAGGUUUCAUAAAUUUAUUAUUUAUUAAUUUAUUAUACCACCUUUCACCCAAGGAUCUCAGGGCGGUUUACAGUAUUCAGACUUAAAUAAUUUUACUCUCUUUCUUACCAUAAAGUUAAUGAAGGAUGGCCAUUGUCACAGAUGUGAGAUAUACAUAUAUGUGUGUAUAUAUAUAUAUGUGUGUGUGUGUGUGUGUGUGUGUAUGUGUAUAUAUAUAUAUAUAUGUAUAUAUGUAUAUAUAUAUAUAUGUGUGUGUGUGUGUGUGUAUAUAUAUGCCAAUUUUAAAUAGGUCCAAACCCUACUGGUAGCUAACACAAGGAAUUAAAUCCAUCCAACCAAUUCUUUUCUUGAAUAGGAAUAUACUUAACUUGGCCUAUUGCUGUAUACUGGCCAAGUGUGGUUCAUAAUUCAUUCAGUUCAAACAAGUCUUGAAAAAUUUGGAUUAUCUUCCAAACUUUGAUGGAACUUUAAUGAAUUUAAUUUAACACUACCCCAUAUCUGUCUCUUGCCGAGUGUCCACAACCGCUCCACUGCCAAAUCUCAGCUUAAAACUCAAUGUGCCUGAAGCGUUUCUCUAUCUCAGGUAGUUAAAGAAAAAACAUCAUGGACUUUUUUGCGGAGGGGUGUGUGGAUUUGCUCACUGUGGUCUCCUCCCCCAAUCCUCCAUCGAUGCUCAAGAAAAGCCACAACGAACCUUCUCUUUCAGGUUGGGAUUUGCGGUCGCACUGGCAGCGGGAAAUCAUCAUUGUCCUUGGCCUUCUUCAGAAUGGUAGACAUAUUUGAUGGUGAGUACUUGGUCACUUCUUAGUAUAGGUUUGUGCCACCUGUGAAUUACCAAACCAAAUGCAACUAAGCAGCCAUAGAGCCAUAGAACUUUAGAGUUGGAAGGGAACCUGAGGGUCAUCUAGUCCAAUCCCCUGCAGUGGACCAUAGUUAGGUAAAGGUAAAGAGACCCCUGACCAUUUGGUCCAGUUGGUCCAUUUGGUACAGUAUCACUCCCUGCCUAUUCCAAGGGCAGGGAACCUGUUGUGGGGGGGGUGGAGAACCCUAGAUGUUGUUGGACUCUUAACUCCCAUCAGCCCCAGCCAGCAUGACCAAUAGCUAGAGAUGAAGGAAGCUGCAAUCUAGCAACAUCCGGAGGCGUUCAGGUACCCUAUCCCUAACCUAGCCCAUUUUAACGCCUCACCUUUACUGCCUGAAAUAUACUCUGAGUCCUGUAGUAAUUUCAUGCUCUUUAUUGCAGCUUGUAAAACAGUGAUUGAAUUGCCCCCCCAACCUCAGGCUUUUAUAUACAUUAUUUACACAAUGAGUCCCGUCUGAUUGGCUGAUUCUGCUUCCCUCCUGGAGCCUGAUUGGUCUUUUCCUGCAGGCCAAUCAGUUGUUGCAUUCUAGGAUCCUACCAUCCUAAUAGGCUGAUAAACUUCUUCCUGGAGCCUGAUUGGUCUUCUCCUGCAAGCCAAUCAGUUGUUGCAUUCUAGGAUCCUACUUGCCUAUUGUUCUAGGUUCCAGGGUUAGUACAUAACACUGCCACUAAGCAUCUGUUCUGAGCUAUUCUCUCCUCUCCUUGCAGCUGAAGGCUUAUGCAGCCAAUCAUCUAAAAGGAAGAGCCAAAACGCAAAAGGGCCAUAUCCUAUUUCAUGGCUGAGUUAGAUCAGCCUCCCAUAGUGACAGCUACAUUAGGUGCUGCUUUUUCUCUGCCCCCGUGUCCAACACGUCGUAAAUUAUCCCUUCAGUAGCGUCGUUAAUCAUGCGCCGCGGAAUCAAAAUAUUUCCUUUAUGGGAAGAACAAAAGAGAAUUGGAGAAAGAGGGGGGAGGGAACAAAGGAGUGAGGGUCAGUCAAUAAUUCUCCGUCAGGCUGUGUUGGAUCAGUAAAGGGUAGGUGCCUCUAUAGGCUGACCAAGAAUCUGGACCCAGAGGUGACCCACACAUUUUGCUGCUCUUCCUUAGGGCCACCCCCCACACCGGUAUGUUCAUUUAGGGCUGAUGGAUAGCUGUGUUUGGUCUAGCAGAGCUUAGCUGAAGAUUUAAGAAGCAAGCUUGUUGAUCAGAAAAGACCUUGUAUUGCAGGCUCAUGAGUCAUGAUAUUAUGACUCUAAAAAGUACACUCUUUCAAGUGCAAGCAACAGAAUACAUUUGGGCUACUUCAGUGCCUUGCGGUAUUCAGCGUUGUUGAUUCUCACCACGUUCCCAGCCAACCUGUUUGCUGCCUCCUCCUAUUCAGUGCCCCUAUUACUGGUUAAUUAAUGAACUGCUGCUUUUAUAUUUCAACCGCUCUUAUACACCUUUCACUUGGGCUUAGGGUUCAAACUAUCGCACUUACAUCAGAAAGGACAAAAGGAAUGGAGAUGAAAGUGUAUGCAGUUCCCGGGAUUGUGUUUGAACUUGAGAGUGAUGAAUCUAUGAAGCAGCAGCAUCAGGAAAGAUCUGUGUUCUAAACUCUGCCUUGGUAAAAUCCAGCUAGCAGCACCCCCUCCCUCUAGAGCUGACUCUUUCCUAGCUUGGUGUCUCUCCAAAUGCUUUGGACUCCAACUCCCAUGAGCCCCAACCAGCAUGCCAAAUGGUGGUUGUAGUCCAAAAUGUCUGGAGAGCACCGGUUUGGGGGAAGGCUAUUGUAUAGUCUGAGACAGAACAGAAGAUGAGGCCGUGCAGGUGCAGGAACUAGCCCAUGAUAACUUUAGCGGUCAAGUGUCAGCAGCUUUUCCUACACUUGAGUAGGAUCCUGACAGAGACACAUGCCCGACUGACAUGUUCUCUCCCUCCUGGUCAUUCGUUCAGGAGCUUCAAAAGCUUUCUUCUGCCCGAACAUCACAGCGACCGAUGCCAACCGACACCGGCACACUUAGGGAUCCGCAGAGUUUGCGCAGUUGCGUAACAGACCUCAGCAAGUCAGCAUUUUGGCUAAUCUACUUUAUUUACAUACAAACAUACACGGAGCACUGCAACAUGGCUCCCUCUCUCUCUAGCAUCAGACAGCAAAGAGAAAAAGAACAAAUAGUCCCAUUUCACGGAACACAGUAACACAAACAUACUGUCUCCGUCACUUCCCACUUUGUGGAGUCAAAACAUAUACCGUCAUGUGAUAGACAAAAAUCCCAUGACUGCAAUCAUGGAGCAGGAAUUCUAACAUCGAGUACAUUGCUUCAAAACAUGAUUAACACCAAGCCUGCUGCAUCGCCCACUCCCCCCGCUCAUUCCUCUGAGUAGGACCCUAGACCUCUGUCCCCAAAGCAUUGCCCUAUGACCCAACAGACAUUUGGGGUUGUUUCCAGGCGCCUUUCUGCCUUUCUGUAGGCUUUAUUUACAUCACUGAGCACCUCACCUGUUGUGUUUUCUGUUGUUCCAAACAGGCAAGAUUGUUAUCGAUGGGAUCGACAUUUCAAAGAUACCCCUGGAUAUGUUGCGCUCGAGGCUAUCCAUAAUCCUGCAGGAUCCCAUAUUAUUCAGUGGUUCCAUUCGGUAAGCGCAAACGCCUCCUCUUGCAGUUCCCUUGGCUGGUGAGCUGCGGUGUUGCUGUGCGCCCAGAAUUUUGCAUAGCGGGGAUUUCAGAGAAUGUUGGUGCUAUCUUUGGAUGGGACUCGUCUAAGUCUUCCCCAAGCACAGCUAGGGCAGCUGUUGCCUUUGAACUUUUUCACUUGUGGAUUUGACCACCAAACAGGCAUGCACAAAGCACAGUUGCAAACCAGCUCAGAAUUGCAUGGAACAUACCACUCAGGCCCUGAAUCAGGAUACCUAAUACUCAAAAGUUCCCCCACCUGGUGAUGCUCAGUGAGAAAGCAAAGGCUAUCCAUCUAUUUCAGGCCAGUCCUAUUAACUGGAACUGUGCUCCUUAAAUCAGGAAGUGUUCCCCAUACGCACUCGCCUACAAUUCUGAGUCUCCUAUUGUGACUCACUUUCCUCAGAGACUGUGACAGACUGAUGGAACAUUGGUUACGGUGGACUUGGAGAUAUUUACGUCUGCCUAAAUGCUGUUGGUUGAGAUGGGAGAGGAUGUCCCAAAGUCAGGUUCUCACAACCAAUAUACCUGAAGGACCAGUGUACCUGAAGGAGCGUCUCCACCCCUAUCGUUCUGCCCGGACACUGAGGUCCAGUGCUGAGGGCCUUCUGGCGGUUCCCUCGCUGCGAGAAGCCAAGUUACAGGGAACCAGGCAGAGGGCCUUCUCAGUAGUGGCACCCACCCUGUGGAACGCCGUCCCACCAGAUGUCAAAGAGAAAAACAACUACCAGAUUUUUAGAGGACAUCUGAAGGCAUCCCUGUUUAGGGAAGCUUUUAAUGUUUAAUAGGUUAUUGUAUUUUAAUAUUCCGUUGGAAGCCGCCUAGAGUGGCUGGAGAAACCCAGCCAGAUGGGUGGGGUAUAAAUAAAUUAUUAUUAUUAUUAUUAUUAUUAUUAUUAUUACUACUACCUGAAAAAGAGGCAAUGCACGUACUUUUGUAAACAAUAAAAUAUUUAAUAAAAAUCAUUAAAAAGAAAACAACAACAGCAACAAAUGUAUAAUGAACAAAAUCUGUGCCAAAUACAAAUUAUUUGGGCGGGGGUUAGAAUUUGGUUCUCUGGGCACAAAAUAUGUUUAUUUUGUUGGAGAAUAUGAAUGAUCUUGUGUCAUACUCUCCACAUUGAUAUAUGUUCCCAGACUGGCAUAGGGCAGGAGGAAGAGAGGCUAGCCCCCACUGCUACCCCACUGCAACAGAUAGGAAAUGUUCGAUGGCUUUGGAUACGUUUACAUUGGGCUUCAGGUUUGCUUGUGUCUUUCCCUGCUUUCUCUCCCACUCUGCUGAUUCUCUCGCUCUGGGAAGAAUGUGCCAUGUGAAAGAGGAGAUUCAAAUAAAAAGGGAACUAGUAUAUGGUCUAAAGUCACAUGAGGCCACCACUUUGCUGAAGCUAAGCAGGUCUGGGUCUGGAACCACAUUAUCACACAUCCAGAUCUAUGACGGAAGAACAACAGGAUAGAAGUGUAACAAAAUAAGCAUGUGCUCACUGAACGGAUGAGCAGUCCAGCCAGGAUUUAACUAGGCAAUGUAUCCAGCAACAAACUCUGAGCAUUUCUACAUCUCCUUUUCUUUAGCUUUAAUUUGGAUCCAGAGUGCAAAUGUACGGAUGAUACGCUUUGGGAAGCUCUGGAGAUUGCCCAGUUGAAGAACAUGGUCAAGUCAUUGCCAGGAGGUCUAGGUGUGUAUAUCGGGGGCAGAUGCAAUACUAGUUUGCCCCUAUCAACACAUGCAAUUAAAAACAAGAGUCCAGCCUGCAGUGGAAUCAUUUGGCUGCUUGAUGUUUCAGAGAGCCGUUCCACUAGUUAUGUUGGCAACAACUCUGGGUUUGUGGUCAGGUGUGUACUUGAUAAGGAGGUGCAGCCAAUCCUGCCCCUCUGCAUGAUCCACGUGCCUGCAGUCUUUUGGUUGUCCUAUUCACAUGUUACGUUUUUGGGUGUACACUUAAAAAAAUCUGCCCACGUAGAGCGCAUUGCAGUAGUCCAAGCGGGAGAUAACCAGAGCAGGACCACUCUGGCAAGACAGUCUGUGGGCAGGUAGGGUCUCAGCCAGUGUACCAGAUGGAGCUGUUAGACAGCCGUCCCGGGUACAGAAUUAACCUGCUCCUCCAUGGACAGCUGUGAGUCCAAAAUGGCCUCAGGGCUGUGUUCCUGGUGCUUUAGGACAGAUAUUAUGGAGAGACAGAAGUUCAUGUCAUUGAUGUACCAAUGGCACCUUGCUCCAAAACUCCUUGAGGCUUGCCUGGUGAUAAAUGGCAGCUGGAGACAGGUGUAGAAAUUCUAAUUAUUGCCUCCUCGUGCUCCCAUCCAGAUGCUAUAGUAACUGAAGGAGGCGAGAACUUCAGCGUAGGCCAGCGGCAGCUCUUCUGCUUGGCUAGAGCUUUUGUACGCAAGAGCAGCAUCCUCAUCAUGGAUGAAGCCACAGCAUCCAUCGAUAUGGCCACAGUGAGUAAACCACUGCCCUUCUGUUUGCACUUUUCUUAAGAAAAAGGGAACCGAUUUCAGGCCACGGGCUGCAUCGCUUUCUGGACAGACAUCUGCAGCCAACAUGCCAAUUGUGGAUGGCACUAGACAAAAGUAAGAAGAGCCAGGAAUGUAAUAUUUUUUUUUACCUUCAGCCAAGACUGAAGAAGACGACCCUGUUCACCUAGUUCCACCCAUUCAGAGGACUUUCUUCUUCGGUUUACAUCAGGAGUGGGGAUCCCUUUUCACCUUGAGGACCACAUUCUUUUCUGAAGUAGCCACAUGCCAGAGGUGGGCAGGGCCAGAGGGGAACGUGGGCAGAGAAGCAAAUGUACAUUGUACCUUCACACACCAGGCUAGCUUCACAUUCACACUCUAUCUCCCAUCCAGGCAAGCAAGAUUCAUGAUCAUUGUUCAAGGACACAUUGCAUCCAGGCAAAAACACUCAAGUCGGGUGCCAAGCAUCAUGGGUGUGACCCAUGGGGUUUGACCUGGGGAAAGAGGGUGUGGCUGAGGAGGAGGACCAUACCUGGGGACCAUUCUGUGGUCCAGGCAGAGAAGCUUGCAGGGCUACAUUUGAUCCCCAUGCCUUAGGUUCCCAACCCCAGCACUACCCCAAACCACAAACGACUGACACAUUUUUGUUCCUCCAUGUUCACGUAGUAGGAGAUCAUGGAACAUUACAUUAAUAUGCAAAACUCAGACCAAUCUGCUCGAGAGUCAGGUGCUGAACCAUUACAGCGGAGGUCUUACCACCACUUUGUACAGAAUGCCUUCCAGGGCAGAAGUGGUGCUUUGCCCUGAUGACCUCAUAACCCAAUUAGAGGGUCUAUCCCCCAAAGAGCUUGGUCAGGGAAAGUCCAGCCCCUGAAUGGGAGAUGUUGGACAUGGGUGCUUUAGGAAAUGUGGGGAGGGAGAAGAUCUUGUUUCAUUGUCUCACUGGGUUCCUUACUGAAAGAUACUGAGAGUUGAGUGUGAAUUUCAUGCUCUUUAUUCAGCUCGUAGUAGCAAUGAAUGAAACUUUCCCCAAAACGUCUAGCUAUAUAUACAUUAUUUACACAAUGGCCCCCACGUGAUUGGCUAAUUCCAGGCUGCUCCUGUAGGCCAAUCAGGUUGCUGAUUCACUUCCACCUGGAGCUGGAUUGGGUUGCUCCUACAGACCAAUCAGACUGCUGCAUUCUGGAUCCUAUCAUUCUAGAAUUCAGUUCUGUACAUAGCACACUCCUCUGUUUCAAUGGGAUUGGUGGUUCCUAAGCAUUUUUUUUCUAAGGGGGACUGUUAUGGAGACUUUAUCUUUGUCAACACACCUUUGAUUCCAACGUCCCGUGCUUUUUCCCCUGAAAAAAUGUUUAGGGGUACUCUCAUUUUGACUCAAGAAAAUCACCAUUUUAUAGUUCAAAUGGGGAAAAAUAAAUACAGUAAAUGGACAAAAGUACAAAGAUUCACAAAAUGUUUAGAGGUAUGCGUACCCCCAGAAAAAAGUACUACCAACAUCUAAUCCAGGACACAUUUAUACAGGCAGUGAGUGACCCACAUGGGUGGUCAACUGUGAUGCAUAUAUACAGGUGAUUGGGUGAAUUUUACAGGUCAGGUUUACUCAAUAUUUAACCACAAGCCAUGCAAGACCCAGACCCAGGAGCUUCUGUAGGUGUGGUCAUAUGACAAGCUCCACUCCUGUGGUCAUUAAGUGACUGUUGCAUCUCUCAUUUGCUAGGAGAACAUUUUGCAGAAGGUUGUGAUGACUGCCUUCGCUGAUCGCACAGUGGUGACGAUAGCUGUAAGUAUGCCGUUCCACAGUGGACCUCCUUUUCGCAUUUCCCCAGCAGAUGAUAAACUUGGUCUGCUGGAAACAAUGUCCUGAAACAGCACAUGCAGAAGCAAAAAGAAGCUCACCAUCGGCUUACAUUCAUCUCUCCUGGCCCUCUUCAAUCUCUGUUUCAUAUGUAAAGACAAGCCAGGCUUCCCAGAAAGCACAACUAAACCCUGCAGAAGUCCUCCUCCACCCCUUCUGAAGACUUCUGUGUACUUUCUCAAAAUCCUGGCUCGUGUCUAUUUCCAAACAAAAGAUAGUGGUUUAAAACAAACUCUGAUCAUUAUUAUUAUUAUUUUGAAAAAAAGCAAACUGACUUCAAACCAUAGUUUAUGAAGCUGGCCUGUUUCAUUAACCAAGGUUUGUUGUAAACCAUAACUUCUGCUUCAAGACAGGAUGCUAUGAAAGUGAAAUUGAAAGCAUUGGGAAUCCUUCACCCAACCAUGUAGGAGGAGGGCAUGAGAGAAGCAUAUGAGCCCAAGUCCUUUUGGGGCCUUUUUCCAGUUCAUGCGUGUAGUGCUUAACCAUGGUUUUGGGUUACAUUCAAACACUGCCAGUAUUAAAUGAAAUCCCAAGCUGAGACUACUCCAGAAUUUUGAGUGGGAUCAAAAUCCAUAAUACAAGGAGACCUUUCCCAUCUAGGAAAAGGCAGAUCUUGGGUGCAGAUAGUCAUGUGUGAUAAUAAUAAUAAUUUAUUACUUAUACCCUGCCCAUCUGGCUGGGUUUCCCCAGCCACUAUGGGCAGCUUCCAACAAGAGAUUAAAAAUACAUUAAAACAUCCGUCAUUAAAAACGUCCCUAAACAGGGCUGCCUUCAGAUGUCUUCUAAACAUCAGAUAGUUGUUUAUUUCCUUGACAUCUGACGGGAGGGUGUUCCACAGGGCGGGCACCACUACCGAGAAGGCCCUCUGUCUGGUUCCCUGUAAUUUUGCUUCUCACAGUGAGGGAACCACCAGAAGGCCCUCAGAGCUGGACCUCAGUGUCCAGGCAGAAUGAUGGGUGUUGGAGACGCUCCUUCAGGUAUACAGGACCAAGGCUGUUUAGGGCUUUAAAGAUGAGCACCAAGUCUUUGAAUUACCUGUGACAGGGCUUUUUUUCAGCCGGAACGCACCAGACCUCUGUUCCAGCCCCUCUUGGGUGGGUGCCAUUGCCAUUGUAAGAGAACGAGGGAAGUGUUCAUGCGGAGUUCUGGCUUCGCUUUGUCACUGAAUUUGGAACAACCUAAAUGAGGCAUUAUGGCGUGUAUUUGGGACAAUAAUAUCCAUCCACUCAACAGAAGGAGGUAAUUGUGGGAAUGAAUAAGUACUGCUUUAGUGGGUUCUUAUAUAGAUCACCAUGCUGAUUUCAAUCCUGGCAUAUUUACUUUACAUGCUCCUCUCCUUUCAAUAAAGAUCUCUGUCUGUAUUUAUUCUAAGCUUUCCUGAUCUUUGCAUGGCAUUCCCUUUCUGUUACUUUCCCUUUCCUUUCCUUUCCUUUCCUUUUCUUCCUUCCAGCACCGGGUCUCUCAAAUCCUAGAUGCAGACCUCGUCUUAGUCUUGUCCGAAGGCGAUCUCGUCGAGUGUGACGCGGCAGCCAACCUGCUCCUCAAAGAGGGAGGCCUUUUCACCACUUUGGUGAAGACAAACAAAUAGAUACUCUUGACCCAGGAUUCCGGAAAGAUUUUCGGUAUUCAUUCACUCAGUCCUGUAUGGUCCCCUUCUUCAUUCAGUCUCUGAACAGUCAAUCAUGAUAGUGUUGGCGGGGGGUCUGGGGCAUUCUGACACUUGAGAUCCAAAGGUUUUUACAGUAGGGCAGAAUUUAUUCCUGUAUUAAACGUGGAGGCCUGCUUCACUCUUCCAAAACAAAAAGAGAGAUGCAGGCAUAUUUUCUAGAAUAGCUGCUACAACCAAGCCCUAAAUAGUGUGAGGGCUGCCCACCUAGGAAACACCACUUUCUCCCAUAUGAAGUUAACCCCACCACUAUUCUGAAAUUUGAGAUCAGAUAAUGAGGCCCUUCUGCAGAUGCCAACAUUUAUGAAUUACACCCAUGCAAAUCAGAAGAACCUUUUAUUAUGUAAUUGCUCUACAGAGCUUUGGAACACCAAAGACAAUUAGCUCUUCUCACUUUUUUUCAUUCUUUAGCAAGCAAGCCAAGAGAGUCCUUUUCCUUUGAGCAUGUGAGGAAUGAUUGCUCUACUACAACUAGGUCUAUUACAGUUUAUUUUAACAGUGCUUUGUGCCUUUUUGUUAUUUUUGUUUUGAAUUUGUAGCAUACAAAUUUUAGAUACCUUUGAGGUGAGUUGUAGGUGUUUUGUGUGUGUGUGUGUGUGUGUGUGUGUGUGUGUUUUUUAAAGAAAAGCAGCCUAUGAAUUUAAUUAUAUGUGCGAACAGAUAACUCAUCACCCAAGUGUGGAUUCUUACAUAACAAAAGAAGUCGGUCAUCGUUGUGCAGGGAGGGGUGUAUCAACAAGCUUGGGGGAACCCCAAGAUUUAAAGAAAUUAAAAAAGGAACUUCAGAGGAAAGACUCUAAGGGGGCAGGAAGCAAAGCCCAAACAAAACAGCCCAAAGAGGACUGAGCAGAGACUGUGAAGUAUCUAUGGCAAAGAGAAGGGGUGGAAAACAAGGGGAGGAUUGGAAUGGAGUAUCCCAAAACAGGGCUGGCUGGCUGGCUGGCUUGAACCCUGAAGAGGAACACUCUGCUCUGCAACUGAGAUGUCUCAGUUGGUAGACCAUGUGACCCUCAAUCUCAGUCGUGGGUUUGAGCCCCAUGUUGAGUGGAAGAUCCCUGCAUUGCAGGAGGUUGGACUACGUGACCCGUGGUCCCUUCCAAGUCUACAAUUCUAUGAUUUUGUAGCAAUUCCCACUACAGGGUAUUCCAGCAUUCUCCUUUGAGACUUGGAGAUGGGAUCCUGCAUUCCGCAAGGCAGUGUCAAUGUGUCGGGAAUUUCCCUGCACCAGUCAGCUAUAUAUCCCCAGAGAAUCACAAUGUGCUCUUUACUCAUUCCCUUGGAAUGAUGCCUUAGGUAUACAUCUUUCUUUCUUUUUUUAAAAAAAAGGUACUGUAUUUUUCUGUGUAUAAGACGCCCCCAUGUAUAAGACGACCCCUAUCUUUUUAAACCCAAAAUUAAGAAAUUAAGUUGUUUAGCUUUUGGGGGUGGGUGGGGGUGGUCACUUCUGCCAAUCGCUCACCCACCUGCCUGCCACUGCCGAUCGCACACCUCACUGCAGCCGCCAAUUGUCUGCCCUCUCGCCGCCACCAACAGCCCACCCACCCACUUGCUGCAGCCACCAAUCGCCUGUCCAAUUGCCGCAGCCACAGCCAAUCACCAGCAGGCCUUGCCACAGCCACCAAUCACCCACCCAAUCACCGCUGCCAAUCUCCUGCUUGCUGCUGCCAUUAAUUCACCAUCCGUAUAUAACAGGCUUCCUCAACCUUGGCCCUCCAGAUGUUUUGAGACUACAAUUCCCAUCAUCCCUGACCACUGGUCUUGCUAGCUAGGGAUCAUGGGAGUUGUGGGCCAAAAACACCUGGAGGGCUGAGGUUGAGGAAGCCUGGUGUAUAAUAUGACACCCAAUUUUUGCCUAAUUUUUUUAAAGCAAAAAGCAUCAUCUUAUACAUGGAAAAAUACAGUAAUUUCUGACUCGGUCUGCAGCAAGCCCUCUCUUCAAACCCCUGCUCAGUUUUUGCUGUUGUGGCUGCUGCUGAUCCACAGGUUACACAGACUCUUAAAUCCUUAAUAUGUGGCUCAGCCCCAAUGCAUUUUAGCUGUGAAUGGGGAGCAGCGUGUGCGGUCCUCCACCAUGCUGCUUGCAAAUAAUGCUGCUGGUCCAAUAAUUGUACGAACUCGCAUCUAGAUGAUGCCUGGUAGGGAAAUGAAAUAAUUUAGGUAUGUCUUUUAAUUGUAGCACCGGGUCCACACCAUCCUGACUGCAGACCUGGUCAUUGUGAUGAAGCGAGGGGUCAUUUUGGAGUACGACACACCCGAGAAUCUGCUGGCUCAGGAAGACGGCAUCUUUGCAUCCUUUGUUCGGGCCGACAUGUGAAAGGGCUGGGGGAAAAUGCAUGCCAUUCGCUUUUCUAAUGCCUGACUUUUCAACGAUUGAGGAAAAAACAUAUAUGUAUAUUUUCUAUACACUGUAGCAUCACUGCAGACUUUGCCAAGGAUUUUUGCAUCUGCCUAAUUUUUAUAAAACUGAAACCUGUUAUGUACGCUGACUUCAGUGCAAUAAAUUCUUCUUCACAAAACGCUAGG